GAAAUAGAGUUUUGAGCAGAGUAAUCACAUGAGCACAACCAGUGGCGUGUAGAAAAUGGUCUUUUCAAAAUAAAAGCUACCAGAAGGCUGGUUCAGAUGUGACAUUCAUGUUUUACCAAGCUGGAAAUGAGCAUCAGGCAUGCAAGCUCCUCCCUUUUCCAUCUUUCCUUCACCAACAAACCAGGAUCUCUGCAUCAAAGCUGGCACACAGGGAAAGCCUAGUUCACAAGCCCAACACUCAUUUCUGGCUUCAUAUCUUCACAAAGAUAACAACACUUUGCCUGACUCCAAACUGGGACAAAACUUUAACAUGUUGUGUCCAAGCUUAGUGGACUGCAUAUUGCUUAAAUCUCAUUUAACAAGUAGGCAGAAAUAGGGCUUUGGAGGUAUAGGGUUCAUCCAAGUAGAUCUGAAAUAGAGCCCUUGGACUGCUUCUGUUUCCCUGCCCAUCCAUUCCAGAUAGCCUUUCUUGCUAAAGUUUGUGGGGUGGGGGGCGGAAUUGGACUAAUUGCUCUUUAAAUGUAAAUUUGAGCUGGACUGCAUUUGAAAAUGCACCUAUCCCAAGAUGAGGCAGCACGCACACCUUCAAAGAUAGGGAAAUGUUGAGGGUUUUGUUGUUGUUGUUUUUUUAGUUUUCCCCCCAAAAUUGAGUUGUUUUUAAGAAACUUAGUCAAAAAUGGCACUGCCAAAAUGAGUUGGAUUUUCCCGGGAAAUUCCAGACAUAUGGCAACCCUACUAGACACCAAACCACCCCUUCUCACCUGGAGACCCUACCACAAGCUCUCCUCCAAUGCCUUUGUCAGCAGCCUAAUGCCAAAAUUUAUGAGGUGGUCCAACCACCAACUUGCCAGAGGAAAUGCUUUGCUUGCUAUUUGUGUGUGUGUGUGUGUGUGUGUAAUGCCGUUGCUAAAAUACAGACAUGGUGGGGCAGAACCAGUGCAAAUGGUGACAAGCCAAAGAGGCGAAGUUUCCUCAUAAGCCUGAAUAAUUUGGUUCAGGCUGUUUCUUGUGGUUGCUAUCUUCUGUACUCUAGCACGAACUAGAGCCUCAUAAAGCAGCAGGGUGGAACGUAAGUUCUGAUAGAACAAAACAAAGAUUCUUAACGGAGGACUGCAGCCAAGGGUGAGAGUUGAUUUCUAAAAAGAAAUCUGGGAGCUGAUUAUACUGAGGUCAUUCUCUCCAGCAGAGACCAUUUCUUAUGCACAGCCUUUUUCGAUUAAUGCAAAAAACAACCCACCAUUUCUUUUCUUAGAUAUGUAGCCUCAAAGCAGCAAUUGUCAAAUUGUUCCUGGUGCAUUCUCAGUUAACACAGUAUGACUGUCAGGCCCAAUGGGUCUGUCUCGUUCCCAUGUAAACUGAGUCAACCAUCUCCCUGGGAUCCUCUCCAAUGCACAAAGAUUCCUCCUCUAGCAAAGCAACGUGAAACGGGUUCCUUGGAAAAUAUAGGGACCUGAAUGCAUGUCUCUCUUAUAUUGUGAGGUCAAACAAAAGAUCCAUAGAGCCGAGGUGAUUUUUGUCUGGGUGUUUUUGUCCUACUCGGUUUUUGUUUACUUGACAACGUCCCCUCUGUCCAAAAUAUUACGUCAGGGAAAUAAGAACUUGCUUGGCUUAAUUCUGUGCUUGCUUUGGCUAUCCUUCCUUGCGCUUGGGAAGAAGAUAAAUUUUCUGAGAGGACUAAGAGCAUUUUCAAUUGCUCUUCAGUGGUAGAUGGAGUUAUGUGUCUGUGUGAUUAUGGUGAUAAGAGUUCUUCAGAGUGUUCAAAGUACUUUACAUAUAUUACAUAUAUUACUUUGGAGUUAUAAUUCUGACAAGCCUGUAAGAUCUGAGCUCCCUGGAAUAGUCCAUACCCUCCAAGUGUCCCGAUUUUCCAGGGAUAGUCCCGGAAUUACAAAAGUCAUCUUGGCUUCUGAUUGGAUCCUGGAAUGUCCUUAUUUACCCCACCAGUGCUAUCGUAGCUGAGCCUGGAGAGGAGGAUGAGCCAGGGCUUAUACCGGGCAGUGACAGUGGCUGCCAGGAGAAUCCCGUGGCCUCUCAUUGGCCAAUGAUGCCAGCCUCCUCCCUUGGGGAGCUUGUAGCGGCUGCUGGAGAGUGGGCAAGGAGGAGGAGAGGCUGCCACUGCUAUGGCCCAGCCCUGAGUGACGUGUAAGCUCUCUGAGGGGCAGGCAAAGGGCAGGGCUGCCCUGGGAGGGAAGAAAGUCUUGAUUUUAAAAAUAAUAAUACUUUGUGUGUUUGCAUCUAAGUGUGCCCCUUUCCAAAAUUUACUUAUAGGGGUCUGUUUUUCUUUGUAUAAAUCUACCAAAGAAUAAAAUAAAAUCAGGGUCAAGGGGUUUUCUCAGGACGGUGGAGGGCACAUGUGCCGUGUCCUGUUGACAUAGUUGUAUUGGCACCUGCCCUUCUUCCGAUAGGAAAUACUCUGCGGCAGGGGUGAGAAACACAACAAUGGGAGCGUCUAGUGGGAAAAGUCCCUAUUUUCAUCUGAGGGAUGUUGGUGGGUAUUCAUUUGUACUCUGCCUUUUGGAUCCAAAGUUUCUCCCCCAGCUGGCUACACCUUUCAGUUGCUAACCCUAAAACCUCCCAAUUAACCAUAAAAAAAGCGAUCUCAAACAACAAAAGAUAAAACCCAACCAGAACAAAACAAUCAUUCAUCAAUAUAGAUUUACUUGAUUUGUGUUUGCCAUUGUGAAAACUUGCCCCCAACUCCAUCUCAUAAAAUAAGAAUCACUUCAAGACCAUGAAGUUACUGUAGGGAUAAAAUCCUGAUUGUGCUAUUUGCAUUCUAAUAAUGGGAGCCAAAACCACUGCAGACCACAGUUUUGUGGGUUGUGAUGGGAAUAUAAAUCUUAGGAUUGGUUUUUGUUGUUUUUUUUAAAUGUUGUACAUAUUUCUCAGAGAGGUAGCUGUGUUAAGUCUCUUGCAGCAAACACAACAAAGAGUCUUGUGGUACCUUAAAGACUAACAAAUGUGUUAUGGCCACAAUAAUGUUGGUUUGGCUGUUCCAGACUCACUUAUACAUUUCACUAGAGGACUGUCCAGAGCUAUGGAGUCUUAAUUAAAACUGUAGCAGACAUGGUAAGCUUCUGCAUCUUGUGUAAAACCUUUCACGCUUGUGCCCAUAUUAUAUUUUUAUUACUUUAAGGUAAAAAUAGUUGCCAUCUAUUCCUACACCCUUGCCACAGAUUGAGGAAAAUUUUCUCUUGCACUCCUCAGGAAAUAACUUCAGCUAUAACUGAACAUUAGAAGUUUGCAGCUGCCAGAAAGAAAUAGCAACCGCUGAAAAAGCUGUUUUAGGCACAUCUGAGUUUGCAUGUGCACUGAUGUGAUUUGAGGUUGGUUGGUUUUUUUUAAUCUGCAGAGCCCAUCACAAAAUCCCUUGGAGAUUCCCCUCAGGACAAAACUAGAGGUGAUGGUGAACCCAAGUAUAUCCCUGUAUAUCCCAAACAUGCAUAUAAUAGGGGGCAGAUGACCGUUGUUGUUGUUUAGAGUAAAAGGAGAGCACAGGUGUUGGGCACGAAAUCCUCUAUUCCUGCCCAUGACCUCCCCUCCCUCUCACUGCACUGUCCUCUCAGCUUGGCAUCUAAGCCCUAUGAAGGUUAAAAGUGCUUGUGGGAACAGGUUGAAGGGACAUAAGCCAUAAAGAUGGGGAGGGUUUACCAUCUGCCCACCACCUCCAGAACACAUACAGAGUGGCUGGGGGGGGCCCCAGCCAGAUGGGUGGGGUAUAAAUAAUAAAAUUAUCAUCAUCAACCUCAUCAUCAUUAUUAUACACUUGCCUGCUCCUUUUGCUCUAAACAAACAGGACACAUGCUUACCGUUCACAUAGGAUUGUCACAGAACUCGAUUUAAAUGAGUGGGCUUCCUGCCACAUAGUUUGUUGAUCCCUUGAUGUCUAGUACUGAGCUACUUAAGAAGAACAAAUUAUAAUAAAUAAUUUGCUGUGUAAUUAUGGGAGUUUGCUGUCUGAAAAACGCAAGUCCUCUAAAACCUUGGGCAUGUUGAGCAGUUCUUUGCAUAGUUCUUUGCAUCCUGGCCAUUAUCUGUGGGCGCCACAGUUUUCACUUCACUAAUACUUGGUAUUCGAAGGUACGUGCGCAUGUGUGUGCAGGAGCUGGUUUCUAUGUGUGCAUAUUUCUUGCUGAAUGGGGAAUUGUGUGUGCAGUGUUUGCAAUUCCACAGCACGCUCCCACUUCUGGUUUGGGAAGCUGUGUACAAGGGGUGUUAGCUGCCAUCCAUAUGUAUCCUGCAGCUAUCCUGUUAUUUGUUACAAAAUACCGUGUUAUGAUGCAUUUCAAACUGAGAAAGAAAAACUGCCUGGCUGUGUUUUAAGCCAGUAAUGUGUAUGAAAUAUACUCAGAGUCGCAAAGUGAUUUCAUGCUCUUUAUUCAGCUCAUAGUGGUGAGGAGGAAUGAAUGAAUGUCCCCUCAAAGUAUCUGCUUUAUAUACAUUAUUUACACAAUGGGCUGCACAUGAUUGGCUAAUUCUGGAAUUCUACUGUAAGCCAAUCAGGUUGUGGAUUCACUUCUAUCUGGAGCAUGAUUGGGUGGUUCCUGCCAACCAAUCAUACUGCUGCAUUGUUCUAGGACCAAUCAGACUGCUGCAUUCUGAAUCCUAUUGUUCUAGGAUCCAAACUGCAGCAGUCUGAUUGGUCCUAGAACAAUAGGAUCCAAAAUGCAGCAGUCUGAUUGGUCCUAGAACAAUAGGAUCCAAAUUGCAGCAAUCAGACUGCUGCAGUUUGGAGCCUAUUCAACUCAGUACAUAACAGUGUACACAUCCUCAAGGCACAAAGCAACUCAAGAAGGUAGUACAACUAAAGCAGAUCCAAAAGAGGAAAGUCGGGGGGGGGGAUCCAAAUCAACAAGGAAAGUCCCAACUUGAAUGUAUUUCAAGUGAAAAGUCUUAUUUUGCAACUGCGUCUGCAUUUAGUGCUGCUUGCCAAUCAACUGAUCUGCCUGCAAGUUGGAUUGGUAGUUCCAUGGCAUUUUCCACAAGUGCUCAAAGGUUUACCUCAGUAAUUCUUAUAACAGCCCUGUAAGGUAGUUCUACAUUUUCAUUAUUAUUCCCAUCCUGCAGAUUUGAGGCCAAGGUUGAGAGACAGUGGCUUGAUCUGGCAAUUGAGAACAGAGGCAGGAAUUGUCCUGACUUAUAGCUUAUUACUCACUGCUUCUACAUAAUGACUAAAGCAAACUCACAAGAGGGAAGUGAGGAUCUACAAGUGGGAUUUGCAGCCUAUGUUUACUGUGAUAUAGGCUGGCAGGCAGCAUCUAUAAUACCUGGAUAGAAGUAAUUACCGUAAUACUUGAAGAAAUACCGCAAAAACAACCUUUCUACACAGCCCUUUAGCAUUUCUAUGCAAUACCGAAAGAACAGAAAGCAUAAGGGGAGGGGUAAAUGUACCCAAUGGAGACAGUGUAAGAGAAGCAUGAAAGCCUACCCCAUGGCAAAAACAAAAAUCUUUGCAGAUUUAAAGCAAUGUCUAGCAAGGAUUUUUAUACCCUGUUCAUUUCAAUGAGACAGUUAAACACCGGCAAAGUUUUCUUCUACUGAAAUAAAUUUUAGCCAAAUCCUAUGCAAAUUAAUUCAGAAGUGGGACCCAAUAAAUUCAAUUAGACUCCAAAGUAUGUAUGCAUAGUAUGCAAAGUAUGUAUUCAUAUUGUUUGCCUUUGCUAGAUUGCACCCUUAAUCAAGAAUGGCAGUGUGUGUCACAAAGGUAUCUUUAAAACAUUUGUACAUGCUAAAAGUCAAAGAUCCAGCAUCAUGCAAACCAUUUCCCCUGCUACAAUACACAGUCCAAUAAAACAACUUAGAGUGGCAAACACAGCCCUAUUAACCAAGAAAAAACUUUAGAGGUAGGCUAACAAGCAUCUCCAUUCCUAGCUUCUUGAAACACUGAAGUUCUCACAGCAAUUUAAUUCUUAAGCUCUCCAAAACUGAAUGCUGUUCAGAGGGCCAUAUGACUGACUGACAAAAGUGAAUCGCACUUGAACCUGCACACCAUUUUGGUGAUAUUACUCUGACUUUUGGCGAAGCCUGACAAGUACUGCAUAUUUUUGAGCCCUGUAAAAUUUUAUAGUUUGGGUCUAUAAAACACGAUCUCCAAUUGCACAGAGGUCAUGCUUAUUAUAUAGGGCUUUCCUUGUGUGAACUUCAGAAGUUAAAACAUCCCACUGGCUGUUUUGAACCAAGAAUGAGCACAUUGUAUUUCUAUCCAUGUCUAUCGAUUUGCUUCUGAUGGCUGCUCUUCCCUUGAGCAGAUAAUGCUUCUACAAGCUGACAGUUUUGAAAGACUUACCCAAUCCUUGUCCAUUCAGCAUUAAAAUAAAAAGCAGAGGCCAAAUGCAAAGCAUAGUUUCAGAGGCUCCGUCCGGAGGAAUCUCUCCUGGUCCAGCAGAUGAAGAGAAAUAAGCAGCCUCUCUCCUCAGUAUGCACUGGCCCUCUGCAGAACAGUUUGGAUUGGCAGCCGGAGAAUUGGGAGGAAAUAGUCUCUGGCUGCUGAGCCAAGUUUCUUAGGCGGUCCUCGCCUUCCUUUCUCCCCACCCCCAUCCAAGCCACCCUUUAAACUCCACAUAGGGACCAGUCACCCAGGGAAACUCAUUCUAGGCCAAAUCUGCUGAGGCGAAAGGUGGGGGUGUGUACGAGUUUAUUUACUUCUAUGGAGAAUGAAUGGAAUGUGCCAAAAAAGAGCUCCACUGAAUACAAUCAAUUGGAUCAAGCACAAAGCAGCUGCCUUGGAUUUCUGUAUGCAUAGUUUUUAAUCACUCUGCAGGAAAGAACAAAGUGGGGUUCACCAGUCAGGCCUAUUAUUACUUGUUUGAUUAGGUUUCUUUAAGAAUUCCACUCUGUCUUGAAAGCUCAGCGCAGGUUACCAUAGUUCCAGUAUUUUACAUGUACUCACAAACUUAAGAUUCCCCUCAGAAACAUAAAUCAGAGGCACAGGAAAUAGGUUUUAUACCACGUCAGACAAAUAAUUUAUUACACCUUUUGGGCUUCAGAGGCCAGAUUCCACCCUGGGGGCCAACACUGACGGUGGGUGGGACAAUUCACCGGCUCAAAUCCCUUGUGUGGGUUUCCACACAAGGGAUUUUGAAAGCUAGCUGGCUAUCAGGUGCUUGGGAACAGCAGCACAAGGGGAAUUGCCUGCGUUAUGCUUCCUGCUUUGGAAAGCCCAAAGCAUAGUACUGGCAAAACAUGGGCGUAUCCAGGAUUUAUGUUGGGGGUGUGUGCAGGACACCCACCUGUCACCAUCCUCUGUCUGGCUCCAUCUAGCAGAUUUGGAAUGAAAUGUCUCAGCAACUCUUUUAAAUUACUUUCUUUUGACCCCAACUGCUCAGAAAAAUCUCUCAAAACCUUUCUACAUUUUCUACUUUUAGUUAAGUAUCCUUAUUUAUUUACUUGAUUUAAGGGGCAGCUGCCCCCCUGUUCCCCCCAAAUACGCCCAUGUGACAGAGCACUUCUUUUCACUGCAUUUUUCAAGUAUUGGCUGUGCAAGGGAGAAGUCCUUCUCACAGCCAACGCCCUCAAUGGGUAUUUAGGACCCCCAGACAUCAGCUGACAAGCGGGGAGGGGGGGAGGUCAAAUCCUGAUGAUUUGGCUGCACGUGCCUGUUCCCUCCUGUGAACAGGCACGCACAGUGAACACAAAAUCAAGAGAAUUGUGCUCUUUUGUCUUUCCCAUCAGCUGAUGUCAUGAGAUGCACAAGCUGAUUGACAAUUGGGCGUGGUUUGGGGGAAGUAGUAUCAUGGGAAAAGACUGACCUGCACACUGGGAGUCCCCCACUCUGGUCUACACUGACUGGAAUACCAGCAAAUCUGUUAUGUCUUGAGCUUGAAUCCCAGAACAAUAGGCAGGUAGGAUUCUAGAAUGCAGCAACUUGAUUGGCCAGUAGGAGCUGUCCAAUCUGGCUCCAGUAGGGGAGUUUGAAUCAGCCUAUCAGGUGUAAAUAAGGUAUAUAUAGCCCGGGGUCUGGGCGGGGCAAAGAAACAGGAUGAUUGACUGUUUUCACAUGAAAACUGAUGGCUCUACACUGAAUAAAAUCUCAAGGGUCUCUAGGGGGUGUCUUUCCCACUCCUCCCUGGAAAUGCUGGGGACGGAACCUGGGAUCUCUUGCGUACGAAACAAUCUCUUGGCCACUACAUUUCACUAAAAUGGUUUAUCAACUGCUGUAUUAAUUUAUUACUGUUGUACUUUUACCCCACCCUUUCUCCAAGGAGAUCUCAGGGCAGCAUCCAUGGGAAUGGCCACAUUUUACUUCAACAUCAGCCCAGAGGGGUUGCUUAGGCUAAUACGGGGGGGGGGGGACCUGUGCUCCUCUAGAUGCUGUACAACUCUCAACAUUUCUUAUCAACGGCUAUACAGUGGUACCUCAGGUUAAGUACUGUAUUUUUUGCACCACAACACUCACUUUUUUCCUCCUAGAAAGUAAGGGGAAAUGUCUGUGUGUGUUAUGGAGGGAAUGCCUACGGGUGGCGGGGGGGAUCUGCUGCAGUCGUGAGCAGAGGAUCCAUGGUUCCCCUUCCUUCCCUCCUUCGUGGCUCGCUUUGAAACAGCAAAGCGGGAGAAGAGCUGCUGAGUGGGGAGGAGAGAGAGACAGAGAGCCUGCUUGCUUUAAAGGAGCAAAGCGGGAGAGGUUGGUUCCUUUAAAGCAAGCAGGCUCUCUGUCCCUCUCUCCUCCCCACUCAGCUCGCUAAAUAGCAGCAAAGUUUUUCAGCUCGCUAAGCCGGGGAUGACCGGGGAGGAGGGAGAAAAGCAGAGCCUGCUUGCUUUAAAGGAGCAAAGUGGGAGAGGAGAGGAGCCUUCUCCCCUUAAACCCCUCUUCUGCAUUAUUAGCAGCAUCCUUCUCCACCCACCCCACGCGUGCUCCUUGUCCCUUGAGUGCUUUUCCUUCCCUCCCCACUUAAAACGUGGUUACAAAGCACUGAUCCAUGUGGAUCCUCAGGAUUUUUGCACUGGGUCACCCCAAAUUCACCAUCAGAUUACAUAGCAUGUCCAUGGCUACAUCUUGCACCAAAAAAAUCACGCACCCACUGUUGCCUGGGGCCGCAGUGGUGCAAAAACGUGGUUACAAAGCAUGGAUCCACAUGGAUCCUCAGGAUUUUUGCAUUGGGCUACUCCAGACUCACUGUCAGAUCACAUGUCUGUGGCCACAGCAUGAACCACAAAAAUCAUACAUCCACGGUUUCCUUUAGAAUAUUUUUUUUGUUGUUUUCCUCCUCUAAAAACUACGUGCGUGUUAUGGUCGGGUGCGUGUUAUAGAGCGAAAAAUACGGUACUUAAUUCGUUCCUGAGGUCCGUUCUUAACCUGAAACUGUUCUUAACCUGAAGCACCACUUUAGCUAAUGGGGCCUCCUGCUGCUGCUGCACCGCCGGAGCCCGAUUUCUGUUCUCAUCCUGAAGCAAAGUUCUUAACCCAAGAUAAUAUUUCUGGGUAAGCGGAGUCUGUAACCUGAAGCGUAUGUAACCUGAAGCAUAUGUAACCUGAGGUACCACUGUACUGCCUGGGGCUGGUGGGAGCUGGAGCCCCACGAACAAAAACAACAUGUAAAAAAUAGGGACUGGGUGUUUUUAAACAACAACAAACCGACAAUUUAAAAUACAGCUGCAAUUUUGCCAUACAGUCUUCUUCAGUGGUGGAGAUUGUUUACUGCUUCAGAAUGGAUCCAGAAUACACAAUAGCUCAGGCAUCUUUAAACAGGGAUGUAAACAAAACUGAGAUACUGGCUGUUCCAUGCCACUGAAGAAGACUAUGUUCAAAAUGCAUUUGGCAGCAGAAAGUGUUGUUAAUUUGCAAGAUAUUUUGGAAAAUCGUUUGUUCACUACACAUUCAGACCCUUCGUAAGGGAUCAUAACCCAAUUUUGCAUGGUGAUCCCCAGGAGCACGAGCUCCUGGGAUCGAGCACUUUUGGGGGGGGGGCCCAAUGUCCAAGAAGACUGGAGUCCCUUCAAUUUAACCCCAAUACCAGUUAUGUCUCAGCAGAGCUACCUCAAAAAGUGUGUGUUAUUUUCCAUUUGAACAGCAGCAUUAGUCAAAAGCUAUGUCACAAACAGGCUGACAUUUUUGAAUAGUCUUCAACAGCAGUCUCAGGUAAAGCACAUUAAAACAGAGAGCACUAUGGCAGGGGUUUUCAAUCUUUUGGGGGACACAUUUAGAAGUCUGGAAAAACUAGUUGGCACUACCAUAAAAUGGUUGUCAUUGGAGGGGUGCGGUGGCUGCACAGUAACAAAAUGGAUGCUGAUCUGACCUGCCUUUUCAUAAAGGAGAAAUCACUCUCCAAGGAAAUGAGUGCAAGACAGAGGUUGAGGCUGGGGCCAGAUACAAAACCACAUGCUUGCCUUUACAAAGCACAACAGAACAACCCAUUUCACAGAAAGGAAACUGACAAUGCUUACCAGAGAAGACUUACUAUACCAAAGAGUGCUCAUGUGUCUUAAAUAGUCGAAUGGCAGAGUUUGUUCUGCGGCACAUUUUAAGGCUAUUUUCAUCCUUUCUGUACCCUCUCUUAGUUUUAUGAGUCUGUCUGUUUAAAUAAGCGUUAUCUUCCCACACAUGAUUCCAAGUAUAAUAAUAGCAGUAAAGCACACUGGUGUUUUUAAAGAGCAACUCAAGAGAAGUAUUCAAUUCAAAAUAAUGCCAUAGAUUUUUGGCACAAUAAUAGCCUGGAAAGCAAAAGCAUUCCUUUGUAUCUUUAGUCCUAAUAUGGAGUAUUCUGAGAAACGAGUGAAAUCAUGUGAAUAAGAGGUUUGAGCAAAAUCUGAGAUUCAGUAAGACCUUCAAGAUGACAGCAGGUGCGGGGACUAUCACCCUAAUGCGAUAGCCAGUGUUUUUAUUCUAUCUGGUUAGGUGUUGAGAGAGUGGGGACAUGGUUGCUAAGCAACUGCCACCCCAAUCCCUCAAUUCUACUGGAUAUCAGUAACAACAAAUUCAUAUUUUGUUUGCAAAGAUCAUAAAAUGACAAAAAAAAGUGUACAUACCCUUCAGUUGCAAAAGAGAGAAAAUGAAUGCUGAUGAAUCUGAUACACUCUCUAUAUAUAUUUCCCUUGGCUAUAGUAUAUAUUUUCUGGGGGUGCUAAUGUGGAGUUAUAUGCACUAGGUUCCUGGGAAGGUUUCUAUACCUUCAAGAGCCGAGUAGAAGAGAGAAUCUUGGCAGUUGCUGCUCUUAUUAUGGUGCAGCUGGGGGCCAGAAAAAUGGCAGGUUGCUGUUAAAGGUACAGAAGCAGGACCUGUGAAAAGGGGUUGGCAGCCCCAGCUCCUUUAAAGGAUGUUGAGUGAAAGGAAAGCAGGUGUGCCACAGCUGCUUACCUUGUUCUUCUUAUUUACAUAUACCUGCAAGGCAGAUAUAUGGUUCUCUCUGCGCCCAUUUUAUCCUGCAACACUAUACCCCGUGCUGGGAUGUAUUAUAAUGAAGGGCAGCCUAUAAAUACGCCUAAUCAACAAACAACCCUGCGAGGUAGGUCAGGCUGGCUCAAGAGUCACUCCUUGUUCCACUUCUGUCGGAAAGGUGCCUGCGAGAAGAAGGGGAGAUUGUGGGGAGAGGUCACCCCUGUGGUAGUAGCUGCAUGUGGGAAAAGUGCCGAGCAACCAGGUCCUAGCAGCUGGGGGAGAAGCACCUGUAGCUCUCUGGAUGCUAUUGGAUUCUAUCAUAAUUUCUGACUGCUGCCUGAGUUAGCCAAUGGGAGUUCGGAAAGCCAGAGUUUCCUCCGGUCUAGAAGCUGGUGUUUGGCGUUGAUGGUGACCAGCUGCAAAGGAAGGCAGGGUUUCUUUCUCUUUAAUGGUUGCGUAGGAAAGAGAUUUUCAGCAGGUACAGUUUUCUUACCCUGUAAUGACAAGCUAGGAUUCGCACUUUACACAUGCUGGGGCACAGGAACCCUGUCCUCCUGUACAAACAUCUGUUCAUGCUAUGGGCUGUGCAUAGACAAAGAAGUGUGUUAGCGGUCCCUGAGUUCAGCUUUACAUAGAUAGCUGACAUUGAUAAUGAAAAAUCUGGAAGACGCCCUAAUACAUACACAUACACACACGAUUGUGUGUGUGUGUGUGUGUGUGUGUGUAUAUAUAUAUAUAUAUAUAUAUAUAUAUAUAUACACCGUAUUUUUCCGUGUAUAACAUGCCCCUAUGUAUAAGACGGCCCCUAUUUGGGGGGACUCCAAUUUAAGAAAAUGAGGGGAGAUGGGCCAGAGUUGUUGAGCUUUUCUUGGAAAAGAAUGCUGAAAAUAACUCGCCAGACUGACAAUCGCACUCGUCACAGAAGCCACAAAGUAUCUGCCUACUCGCCACAGCCCUUGCCACAGCCACCAAUCACCCACCCAAUUGCCGCUGACAAGCUCCUGCUCGCGGCUGCAUCCAAUUGCCCGCCCCCCUCUGCACUAUCCGUGUAUAAGACGACCCCCACUUUUGAACAUUAUUUUAGAGUAAAAAAAAAAUAAAUACAGAAAAGUACAGUACACACACACACACACACACACACACACAAUUGGGUACUAGUAGAGAAAUACUGCCUUUUCAUAUCAGCUUAUUCAUCACCAUCUUUGUCAUGUUUGCAUAAUAAUCCUAAAGCCAUGAUUGGUCAAGCUCACCUUAUCGCUCGAUCUCAGCCAAAUGACUAACUUCUGACAACAUUGUGUGCUAGACAUUCAUUGAUUACUGUGGAAGACCCCUUGGGGGUCAAAAUGUGCUUGGUCUUUUUGUUGUUUAAUCAUUUAGUCGUGUCUGACUCUUUGUGACCCCAUGGACCAGAGCACGCCAGGCCCUCUCGUCUUCCACUGCCUCCCGCAGUUUGGUCAAACUCAUGCUGGUAGCUUCAAGAAACUGUCCAACCAUCUCGUCCUCUGUCGUCCCCUUCUCCUUGUGCCCUCCAUCUUUCCCAGCAUCAGGGUCUUUUCCAGGGAGUCUUCUCUUCUCAGGAGGUGGCCAAAGUAUUGGAGCCUCAGCUUCACAAUCUGUCCUUCCAGUGAGCACUCAGGGCUGAUUUCCUUAAGAAUGGAUAGGUUUGAUCUUCUUGCAGUCCAUGGGACUCUCAAGAGUCUCCUCCAGCACCAUAAUUCAAAAGCAUCAAUUCUUCGGCAAUCAGCCUUCUUUAUGGUCCAGCUCUCACUUCCAUACAUCACUACUGGGAAAACCAUAGCUUUAACUAUAUGGACCUUUGCUGGCAAGGUGAUGUCUCUGCUUUUUAAGAUGCUGUCUAGAUUUGUCAUUGCUUUCCUCCCAAGAAGCAGGCGUCUUUUAAUUUCGUGACUGCUGUCACCAUCUGUAGUGAUCAUGGAACCCAAGAAAGUAAAAUUUCUCACUGCUUCCAUUUCUUCCCCUUCUAUUUGCCAGGAGGUGAUGGGCCCAGUGGCCAUGAUCUUAGUUUAUUUGAUGUUGAGCUUCAGACCAUUAUUUUGUGCUUUCCUCUUUCACCCUCAUUAAAAGGUUCUUUAAUUCCUCCUCACUUUCUGCCAUCAAGGUUGUGUCAUCUGCAUAUCUGAGGUUGUUGAUAUUUCUUCUGGCAAUCUUAAUUCCGGUUUGGGAUUCAUCCAGCCCAGCCUUUCGCAUGAUGAAUUCUGCAUAUAAGUUAAAUAAGCAUGGAGACAAUAUACAGCCUUGUCAUACUCCUUUCCCAAUUUUGAACCAAUCAGUUGUUCCAUAUCCAGUUCUAACUGUAGCUUCUUGUCCCACAUAGAGAUUUCUCAGGAGACAGAUGAGGUGAUCAGGCACUCCCAUUUCUUUAAGAACUUACCAUAGUUUGCUAUGGUCGACACAGUCAAAGGCUUUUGCAUAGUCAAUAAAGCAGAAAUAGAUGUCUUUCUGGAACUCUUUAGCUUUCUCCAUAAUCCAGCGCAUGUUUGCAAUUUGGUCUCUGGUUCCUCUGCCCCUUCGAAAUCCAGCUUGCACUUCUGGGAGUUCUCGGUCCACAUACUGCUUAAGCCUGCCUUGUAGAAUUUUUAGCAUAACCUUGCUAGCGUGUGAAAUGAGUGCAAUUGUGCAGUAGUUGGAGUUUUCUUUGGCACUGCCCUUCUUUCAAAACGAAGCAGGGCAUAGGCUAAUAGAGUUCUGCCAAGAGAACAAGCUGGUCAUCACAAACACUCUUUUCCAACAACACAAGAGACGACUCUACACAUGGACAUCACCAGAUGGGCAGCAUCAAAAUCAGAUUUAUUAUAUUAUCUGCAGCCAAAGAUGGAGAAACUCUAUACAGUCAGCAAAAACAAGACCUGGAGCUGACUGUGGCUCAGAUCAUCAGCUUCUUAUAGCAAAAUUCCAGCUUAAACUGAAGAAAGUAGGAAAAACUACUAGGCCGGUAAGAUACAAUCUAAAUCAAAUCCUUACGAAUACACAGUAGAAGUGAGGAACAGGUUUAAGGAUUUAGAUUUGGUGGACAGAGUGCCUGAAGAACUAUGGGUGGAGGCUUGUAACAUUAUACAAGAGGCAGCAACGAAAACCAUCCCAAUGAAAAGGAAAUGCAAGAAAGCAAAGUGGCUGUCCAACGAGGCCUUACAAAUAGCGGGGGAGAGAAGGCAAGCAGAAUGCGAGGGAGAUAGUGAAAGAUACAGGAAAUUGAAUGCUUGGUCUUUAGCAUGAAUCUAAUCAUUGCACGGCACAUCAGCUCAGCACUGACACAUCAUUCUCUAUUGUUGAGAACAUAAUUUCUUGGUUUUAGGAAUUUCAUUCAUAUUCUGAGUUGGGGUGGGGUGUCUGCCUGGAUGAUAUCUGUGAAUCCCUUCCAGGCCUGUGAUCCUUUGUCCAGUAAAUCCAAUCAAAAAGGCUGUGCAGCCUGCCCAGUCCCUUUGUCAAGAUAAUGGCUUUGGCUGCUAGAUAUGUACCACAAUUUAGCAUAAACAAAGAAGUUGCCCUGUGCCAUAGAACAAAUGGGUAGACCUUUUCCCCUCAGGCCUUCACCCCACCCCCCCUCACCUAGCUGCUAUAUAGGAAAAGUAUCUGUGUAUGUGUGAGAGAGAGAUACCCUUCAACAUUUCUCCAGUGGAAAUAGGGACGUCCUAUUCAAUAAUAACAAUAAUAAUAAUUUUAUGUGCUACCCAUCUGACUGGGUUUCCCCUGUGUGAGAGAGAGGGAGGGAGAGAAGCUAGCUAGAAUCUGUAGAGAGACAUGCCUUGUCUUGCUCUGUGUUGGACCUUUGGCUCCCCUGAAAACCUAAAAGGGAAGCAAGGUCUAGGGUGGGUGUUGUAAUACCACCCAUCUUACAUGCAGGUUGUAUAUAUGUGUAAAUAAAACCCUAUAUCCUAAAGACACAAUAGUCUCUGCUGACUUGCACUCCAAGGAAACCAGACUUCUGGGACCCCUGGAUUAUUUCACUAUUCAGAGACUGAGGUGGCAUUUAACAAUAUGUCUAAUGUACAUUCAGAGUUCAACUCCCAACAGCCCCAGACAGCUUGGCUGAUGGCUGGGGAUGACGGGAGUUUGGAGGGCCACGAGUUUUCCGAACCCUGAACGAGCCCAAUGGCACAGACACCGCAAAACAACUCGCUGCAUAGUCACAUGUCCAGGAACAACUGGCCUGCCUAACGAUGCAUAUAACUACCUAAUGAGAACCAUGUGUCAUGAAGGGAAGGGGCACUGGGAGGCCUCCCUGAAGAGCCAAGUCUGUUCAAGCACAAUACGGCUUGUACUAUGCUGAGACAUCCUGCCAGCAGCGAGUGAGUCAGCCUUCUGAAAAAAUGUCUUUGGGGGUUUUCAGUGCCAAUAUCUGGUGCUAAGUAUUGUUUGCUGAAGCUGAGAAAAGCUACACUGGUUCCAGGCCUGCCCUUCAGGACUGCUUGAAGAAAGGUGGGGCUUUGUAGUGACAAAGUGUGGUCUGUUUUCUGUUUUUAAAAGAGAGGUUGGUUAAAUUUCCCAAAUUGAGCCCAAAGUUGAAGUCUGUGCAACACACAUGCUUCCUUUCUGUUGUGUGACCAUAUGCCAUCAGCUGCCUGUGUCCACUUCAGUAGGACAAAUACUGAAGUAGUUUAGAGAUGGAUCUCCUAGAUCAGGCUUUCCCAAACUUGGGUGUCCAGCUGUCUUUGGACUACAACUCCCAUCAUCCCUAGCUAGCAGGACCAGUAGCUAAGGAUGGUGGGAACUGUACUCCAAAACCUGCUGGAGACCCAAGUUUGGGAAACCCUGUCCUAGAUGAUGGCAGUGCCCAACAUUUGCUUCCUGAGACGGCACCUGAAUCACAUUGGUGAUGUAACCCUUGAAAAAUGGUUUCUUUGGAAGGUCCAGUCACAGCAGAGAAGGGUGGGCAUGCAUUUGCAACAUAUCUGAUGUGCAUAACAUGGAUGGGGUAUGUUUUAUAGGUUCCAAGAUCAGGCAGUGCCUGUGGUCAAGAUUGCAUUUUUGUGGUACUAUUCAUUGACAUUUAGGCAAUAGUUAGACAUAGAAACGGAGGUGCAGUGAGAAUACCUGGGUUGGUCCAAAGUCAGUCAGCAGCAGACUUUGCGUCGAAUACACGUCAACUCGUCCUCUAUUUCAAGGAAGCCAGUAGCUGCUAAUGUUGUGAGUGCAGCUGCCCUCCUAACCCUGCCAUCGUUGCUGCUUACCUGGACUUGGCAGGGGCAGAGCAGUGGCAAAGUUGGAGCUGUGCAAGUAAAUGGGUGGGAGCACUGCCACUAAUUUGGAGUUCUCACAAAGCCCUGAUCUUGACGCUGCCCCACCCUCGACCCAUCCAGGUAAGCAGCAGCAACACUGGUGUCAGGAGGGCAGCUCCACCCCACUGCAGUCACCACUGCUACAUUUCAAGCUUAUUGGAACUUAAAAGGUAAAGGUAAAGGGACCCCUGACCAUUAGGUCCAGUUGUGGCCGACUCUGGUGUUGCGGCGCUCAUCUCGCUUUAUUGGCCAAGGGAGCUGGCGUACAGCUUCCGGGUCAUGUGGCCAGCAUGGCUAAGCCGAUUCUGGUGAACCAGAGCAGCGCACGGAAACACCGUUUACCUUCCCACUGGAGCGGUACGUAUUUAUCUACUUGCACUUUGACGUGCUUUCGAACUGCUAGGUUGGCAGGAGCAGGGACCAAGCAACGGGAGCUCACCCUGUCGCGGGGAUUCGAACCGCCGACCUUCUGAUCGGCAAGUCCUAGGCUCUGUGGUUUAACCCACAGUGCCACCUGCAUCCCGGAACUUAUUGGAACUUACUUGGGAGUAAAUCAAGUACCGUAUUGGCCCGAAUAUAAGCUGCACCCGCAAAUAAGCUGCACCUUUAAAAUUCAAGACUUAUUUGCUGGUGCAAGCUGCCUCCUGGCACUGCUGCCCUGAACGGGGGAUGGCUGGCUCUCGGAGCCCUGCUUCCCAAGCCAAGUUUCUAGCGUGCUGGGCGCCUGCCUCCUGGCACUACGGCCUCCCAGCACUCCUGGCACUACCUCCCCAAGCCGGCGUCCAGGGAGGCUUUGGCGCUGCGGGCAGGCUGUGCACCAUUGUCCCGCACCCCCGAUGGCCCUUCUGGGCAGCUGUUUCAGCAGUGAGACCGUAAGGGGAAGCCGCACUUAACUUUUCACAAUUGGAAUUUGGGGGGAAAGUGCGCCAUAUAUGUGGGCCACUACAGUGUAAGAUUGAGUUGGAGACACUGGCCAGCUGUUCUGAGCAGCUCUGGGGGCAGAGCUUGCCCCAAAAGUUACCAAACUGUACAACUAAAGAAAAUAACCUGGGGGAGAGACGACAGCUUUGCCUCCUUGCUUUCUGGCAAAUGACCUAUAAGUAACCCCCCCAAAAAAACAGCCAAACAGUUAGUUGAUUCCCUGGCUGACAGGCUGCUGAAAGACUUACUCCAGAUUUAAUUUCCCUUUUCUCUUGGUUCAGUCCACCCAGAGUAAGAGUUCUGGAGUGGCACUAAGCUGGUCGUGAAGCUUGCUUUUAAACGCAGAGUGAACUGUGAUUCAAAGCUAAGUCGGUCUAAUUGGACACAGCUGGAAGAAGGGGAAAGGGAUUUAGAUCAAUAGGAGUCUAGAACAGCCUAAGAGACUUUGAAUGUUUAAGCUUGCAGCUACUUACACUGAUUGGAAAGGAAAGAAGUUUAGGUAUUUCAUUUUGACAUCCCUGAUGGAUUGUGUAAGGCAGAGGUUUUCAACGUUUUUGAGUCCACAGCUCCCUUGACCAACUACAUUAUUUCUGUGACACCCCUGUGGGGCUCAGAAACUGUUAUGUCACAUCCCUUGCCUGCAGAGCUGGCAGCCUCUCACUCUUUUUCGAACACGCUCCCUUGGGGAGUGUUCCCUCAGCCUCCUCUCCAAUCCCACCCCUGGUCUCUGAGCUGCCUCCCCUACGUCAGAGAGGUGCCCUCUUCAGUUGUUGGGGAAAUAUACUCUUUUUAUUUCGUAUCUAUGAGCUUUAAGCCCACAGUUCAGUGACACCCUUGGCUCCAGGUUAAACCAAGAGAGUUUGCUGCUUGGGUUGGUCAGGAAAAGGGACCAUCUCAGAGGUAUUUUCCCUCUGAAAAGAUAGGUACCGUAAGAUGCUUGUAACAAUGAGCUAAAUUCCUAGAUUUUGGUCUUUUUCCUGCCCUACUACUAGUCCGUCCUGGUUUUAGCUACCUGGAACAACACAGGAUUUUUAAAAAUGUAUUUUUAAGUGCCCUGUACCAAUUAAAAACCUUUCCCCAUCAUGUUUUGUGCUUGAGCCAUGUGGCAGCACUGGCAGGGGAAAUAGGGACAUUCCAGGAUCAGACCAGAAGCUUUCAUCAUUCCAGGACUGUCCCUUGAAAAUCGAGACACUUGGAGGGUGUGCAAGUGGUAGUAUUUAGUCCCAUGCUGUGAAAAGCUUCAGAGGCUGAUUUGUACUUGUGUAGAUCAAGUUAAAGAGCUGGACUGCAUCCCCCUCCCCCCAAUGGCUGGCAGCCAUAUCUGGACCUCCUACACUGCUUUCUGUUCCUGCCUAAAGUUGAUCAUUGUCUCCAGAGACCCCCACUUCUGGAUUUGAAUGUUGUCCCAGAUUACGGGCACCAUGCCUUUCCCCUUUGGGGAGUCAUCUCAGCCUGGCCUGCUCCUUCAGACAUGAAUCCUGGCCUACAUUGACCCUGCAUUUGCCUUCACCUUUCGGUGCCUGUUCAAUCUCUCUGUCCCCUGAUCUUGUCGACCCUGAUCCUCUCAAGGCCACUUACAGCCCGCAGAGAUUCACAGAUCAGAAAGCAAGCUGGCCCGGUUAUCUUUCCCAAUUGGUGCUGUAACCAUUUAGGUGGAGGAGGACAUUCUGAGGACUCUUCUACAUGCCUUUAUCUCAUUGGGAAAUCACGGUGUUUGAUAAAGUGGAAGCAUCUUUUGCUGUGCUGAAGGUUUUGGUAAUAACUGGCCACAGGGGUCAUUCAUUGUCAAAGGAACAGACAGCAGAAUCACACGGGAAAGCUUAGCAGGAUCAGGCUUUAAAUAGCCAGCGUCCUCUCAGUGUGUCUGCAAACACACCCCUUCCUUGUGAAAUGUAGAAGCAAAGCAAAGAACCAGCCAUACUAUGAGAUGGUCCAUAUGGCACCUGAAUUGACUAAUAUAUGUGCAAGCAAUUUACUGAAAUGUGCGGUGAAACAUCCAAAAAGGGAAAAGCUAAUGUGGGUUAUAGCAGUUAGAAUACCAAGGCAGGACAAGGGAGAGUUGGGUUCAAAUCCCUGCCCAGUCACGAAGCUCACUGAUAUUGUAAUCUUUUACAUCGGGGUUGGGGAACUUCAAGCCCUGUGGCCAAAUGAGAUCCUCCAGCUCACUUGUGAUCCUCUCCAUGCCACACCCAUUUCCCCAGCCACACUUUUAAUCUGGUUGGAAUGUUUCCUUGAAUUUUGAUAACUAGUUUGAGAAUGUUUUUCUUAGCUACCUGGGGCACACAGGUGGGAAACAUCAGAGAGAAUAGGAAUGUGUUCUAACUUGAGGGUUACUCCCAGUAAGUUGAUCUGGUUCUCAAAAACUUUUGCAAUUGAAUAAGAAGAUAUUAAACCCAAGAAAGCAUAUAGCUCAUAUCAGCGUCCAGCCAUUUAUCUAUCCCUAGGCUGCUGUGAUCUCUUAAUGGGACAAAGUACAAAUGUGUGAGUCUGCUGUGUAAUAUUAUUAGUUGUGCAGAAUGGGCUUCUUUCUCUUAAUGAAGGUCCUGAUUAGAGCUGGGCAAUAUAUCAACAUUGUGAUAUACCACCAGCUAAACAUCACAAUAUACCGUUAUAUCACAAUGUCUGAAAUAAGGAUGGAGAUAUGGCUGACUUCACGUUUUUCCCACAUCAUGGUUUCUGAAUAGCAUACACAAACACAGAAACACACACACACAAGAUCCACGAUAUAUUGCCAGGUCAAAAAUAAUGAAACCAAUAUUAUGGUGUGGACUUCAAGCUGGCUUUGGACAAUAUAUCAAUAUAUCGCCCAGCCCUAGUCCUCAUUAAUGAUAUCUGAGACCAGUGACUACUCCAAGCCACUGAAGCUUGUAUCCAACCCCAACUGGUUGUAAGCUUGGAAAUAUAGUUUGAAUGAAUGCAGGCAGAACUUAGAAUACAAAUUGAGUUGAGAGCUUGCAGAAGCUGUUGCCAAGAGAUUUCCAGGUGGCAGAAGUAGCUUGCCAAGAUCUUGGGGUGCUUCACGGCUUUUGGUACAGGAUUACUACUGCUUGCAUGCAUGUAUGAAUGCAUGCUUCUUUCCCAUCUGUUGUGCACCUGUAUGUUUUGUAAACAAACAGCUUAUUCCAAAAAGCACCACAAGACUCCAGUACCUUUGCCAUACAAAGGAGGUCAAUGCUAUAAAGUUGAAACUGUCUAUCAGUAAAGGGAGUGUGAAUGGAUAUACUAUAGUCUAAGCCGAACCACUGGGCAAUAUGUACAAACAAUUGCAUGGCAUUUGGAAUCGAUGGUGGUGGAGGCCAGACUGAAGUUCGUUUUUUGGGCAUCAAUAGAAAGUGCACCAGGAUAAUCUGACACCAACCAAUAAUAGUAUUAGUAACAAAGGAAGGAUGCUGAAUUUCCUAAGGCGGCAUAUAAAGGAAAAGGGCAGUGAGAAAGUCCAGAUUAAUUCUUUAGCAAAGACUGCCCUGGUUGCAGAGAGGAUUUGAGCAGGAUUACAGUACAGAGAGAGCAGGGUCAGCAUUAGGGAAAUAUUCUGAAAGUCUAUUGUUUGUUUUCCAACUGUCCCACGAGAUUAAAAAGAAAAAUCGUUUGUUACUAGACAUACUGAAACCAAGACUUAUAUUGUUUAUAUAUAAUGGUGGUGUAACACUGUCUCAUGAAAGAAUUACGAAAGGCAAAUCUGGUCAGUUAAAGGCAUGAAGAACAGGAUAAGAGGAUUUCCCAGCAGCAAUAGAGUAUGACAGGUGGGAAUGAAAGGAAGGCCAGUACAAUAAUAGCUCCUUUACCCUUUAUCUACCAUUAAGACGAUGAACAGCUCCGACUACGGCUAGUUAAUUUUAAACCAAAGAUGGCAACUCAGCACCUUCCAGAUUCAGCUCAGUCAGUAUCACCAUAUUAGUGAAACAAUGUUUGUCAAAAAUAAUGACCUAAAACUGUCUUGGGGGUCUUUGCAUUUUUCUCUAGAAAAAUGGAAACUUGAAGGAAACUUGGGUCAAGACAGACAACGUGUAGAAGCACCUACCAUCUCCCCAGAUGUUCAAAGGGGCUGAGCAUUUUUGUCUCCUCCUCGAUCUCUGUGUCCUCUUCUCAUUUUUCCCCCCUUUGCGGAGCAAUGAGAGACAGAGCUAAUCGACAAGAGCUGCAGCACAGAUAAGGCCUAAGUAUGAUUUUAUGGUUUGCUGCAUGAAUAUGACAGUGUUAGCUCUGUGUGUCCUUACAUUCUCUGAGAUCUAUAAGCCGAUUUGUGUGCAGUCUGUUACCAAAUUAUAACCCUGUUCCAAGAAUGGUUAAACUUUGUGACUUUUUGUGAAUUUAAGAAUGAUUUCUCUUAUUUUGCAGAUAACCGUGGCUGGGCUGUUUUCUCCAACUCUCAGUUCUUCAUGGUAGUGUGGGAAGCUGUUGUGCCGACAUUCCUUAAAUUUGCUCCUCAAAAGCACUGGUAAGCAUACAUUGGAAGUGCAAUGUUUGAACCCUUCCGCUCAUCUCAUUUCCUAGAAAGAGACACUUUGCAGCUUUGCAACAAACCACAAUAUCGUUCUUCAGCUCAGCAGUGAACAUCUAAAGCUUUAAACAUUCAGCUAACUGAAUGCCAGCGAAGUAUAAUCCAGGGCCUGACUUAAAUUGACAGGGACAGGUUGGCCUGUGAAAUAAUCUCUUUAAAUAGUAGCAGCCAAUCCCCAAAGUCGUUUCUUUGUCCCAUCUUGAGUGGGAGGACGUCUUUCAGCAGCCUGUUCGCCAGGCAGACUGCUUUGCUGCCCUUCCUGACAGUAUUUGGAAAGGCAAGUUUUGCUCAUUGGCUGGGACUCCUACCUUUCAAUAACAACCAAGGCAUUGCUAUGAAUUUUGCUGCACAAUUUCUCUACUCCAGGGUUUUUAAGAACCGAACUCCCAGGGAACGCUUCAGAGAAGAAGAAGAAUAUGACCCUUUCUGGCAAAGGUUGGAGAAUGUUGCCAUGUGACGUAGACCUAGAGUGUUGAUUUCUUCCCCUUAGGAAUUAUGGAAAGUCCUAGGUUUGUGUCUGGGGCCAAGCCACUGGCCGUCGCCUCCUCUGGAUCCUUCCUGCCUUCUUAUGGUGCAGUAGUUGGAGUAUUGCUUCACUUCUUUGUUUAUUUCAUUGCCAUGCUUUAUAGGUAAUGAUGACGAUAAUAUGUUCUUCUACUUUAUCUGCUCCUAAUUCCCAAGUAACUACAGUCUGUGUGUUUAUUUUCAAACAGUGGGCAAAAACCAUUAACUCUUGAAUAAAUUGCUAGAAUUCAAGGCGCCAUCAGGAAUUAGAUGUAUUUUAUUGUGCCUACAAAUUAAUUCUUGUGGAUUUGCUUUAAAUCUCUGGAUCUUUUGACCUCUUGUUGUAAAGAUUCUGUUUAAAAUGAGCGGCAACAGCCCAACAGAAAUAUCAGUAAAUGGUACUUAUCCCAUGGGUUGUAUUCAGUUUUAGAUGCAUUCCUUUAGCUGUUGUCAUGAUCACAUUAGAAGUAUAUUUUGACGGGAAUUUAUGGAUCUGCUUAAAGCUAAUUGUAUUACAGUAGUGUCCAGAGUCUUCAGUUGAGCUUAAGAAGCCUUGCGGAAUGUUCAAGACAUUUAUUUGUCUCCCAGACUUCAAGUCCAAAGACCUGAGCCAACAAAAAGUUAGGAUGAUGCAUAAACAUUUGAAAGAUCAAAUUCCAACUUUCCUUGUAAUGCGCAUGGAGCUAGAAGUAGUGCAAUUGAAGAUGCUCUCAUGUAAGCCAUUCAAAUUGCCAUUAUGUAAUGGAUGCUUCCACACUAGAACCAUUUAGCACUGCCGAGGCAUUAGCAUUAGCUGGAAGAAUUAAAACUAGAUGCACAUAGCAUUUAAUACAGUGUCAAAUUGCAACGCCCAUACCCAUUGCCAAAAUCCUUCCUUCCGUAAUGUCUAUUCACAAGUAAAUUGCAUCCAGCCAAGGUCCCCUGGUAACUUCAACUGAUGUUUAUAGUUUUUAGGAUCAGCUGGUUGUAUAACUGGCUAUUAUUAUUUAGUAGUAUUAUAUUGAUAUAGUAUAUCACUCAGAGCACCUCACAUUCAUUCAGACUGUACAGUGUGAUAAUUACAAGAGUAAAAUGAUAGACAUUAUUUUAAGAUCAAUAAAAUCUAAAAGAGCAAAAUUAGUUGAAAAACAGCAGGGAUGACAAAAGGCAGUUGAAAUAAAAUAUGGCGUCAUUUCUGUAUUUAAAAUAAGAACAUAAGAAGAGCCAGCUGGAUCAGGCCAAUGGCCCAUUUAGUCCAGCAUCCUGUUCUCACAGGGGCCAACCAGAUGCCUGUGGGAAGCUUACAAGCAGGACCCGAGAACAACAGCACUCUCCCCUCCUGCCGCUUCCAGCAACUGGUAUUCAAAAGCAUAUUGCCUCAGACAGUGAAUGUGGACCACGGUCAUUGUGGCUAGUGGCCACUGGUAACUUUAUCCUCUAUGAAUUUGUCUAAUCUUCUUUUAAAGCCAUCCAAAUUGGUGGCCACCACUGUCUCCUGUGGGAGCAAAUUUCAGUUUUAAGUAUGAACUGUGGGAAGAAGUCUUUUUUUGUUGUUGUCUGUCCUGAAUCUUCCAAUGUACACCUUCAUUGGAUGACCCUGAAAAGGAAAAGCUUUUCUCUGUCCAGAUUCUCUACACAAUGUAUAAUUUUAUACAUGUCUAUCAUGUUUCCUCUUUCUCACCUAAUAUUGAUGAAGAAGAAGAAGAAUUAGUAAUUAAACAUCCCCACUGACACACAGGAACUAACAUCUGACAAUUCUUAGGAACAGAAACGGACGUGGGGGGAGAAUUUAUUCAAUCCUAUCCUAUCCUAUCCCUCAGUUUGGAUAGGAAGCACUAAAAUAGUCUAGAUUUGCAAUGGGGAACUGUGUUAUUUAAAGGCACAGAAGCCAAUAGUACUAGUGAUGAAUAACAAAUUGCUUGUGAAUUGUUCUUUCACGUACACACACAAAGGCACACACAAAAUGGGGGAAAGCCUCAAUAUCAGGUCUGCUCCAAAAGGAUUACUGGCCUCCCCAUUCCUUCUUGUGUGUAAGUGCAAAAUAUCACUUUUUCCUAUAAAAAUGGUAGAAAACAAGUAAUUAAAGUCCAAAAUAGAACCUGACUGAGUCUAUAUAAAACUAGAAUCUUCCUUGCUUUAUAUCUUGUUGAUUGGAGCUCAGAGAUUACUAGCAUUGUCAUUGGCAUCGGUCUUGUCUCGAGAGACAAUGGAGUGCGCCUCCAGAGGUGAAGUAAAACCGCUGGAGAAUCACAGCGCCUGCUGUGGCUGCAGAGACCGGUAAUUUGUAACUGCUGCCUCCUGCAUCGUUUUUGCUGUAUUAGCAGUACCAGAGUGACCUUUCCAGGACACAAGCCUGGGCAGUGUGUACUGGGGUCAUGGGCUGCCCAGUCUGCAAGACCCUCUCUCAGCCUUGCUGAUGUAGUCCAAGGGAAAGCAGAGCAAUACAUUUGGCACCAGCUUGGCUGCAGGAGUAGGUGGAAAGAGGCAUACAAGGCACCAUCCAACCAUCUUAGGGACUUUAUUCUGGAUUUGUGUAGGGUUUGCUCCUUAGCCUUUUAUUCUCCCAAAGAUAUCCUGCAAGGCAGUGGAUAGAUUACUAAUGAACAGCCUGUUAAUUGCCCCUCAAAUAACCUCUUGUAAGUGCAGUACUUUUGAGUACACAUUAUAAGAGGAUCUUGCUGGAUAUGAUAGUGCUAUAUUAAAUGCUUAUAUGAAAUCUUCAUUUUAAUUUAACAUUCAGCUAAUUAUUAAAAAGCAGUGUCCCUCAGCAGUACUAAAUGGGGCUCUGAUGUGGAAGCAAACGUGGUAUCUGACAGACUGUUAUAGGACUUUAGCAUCUUUCCCGUUCUGCCAAGAGCAGGAGAGCUGGCUGCUAAUGUAUUGAUUUCUUUCACUCCUUUAUUGCCUUUUGUACCCAUGUGGCUUUUCUGUGUUUUCUUCCUCAGCUUUGCAAAGAAGCUAUUUGCAAAAAAGUAGGUUUUAAAAUCGCAUUGCAUGUUUUACUAAUUCCACUAAAACUGACAUGGAAAAAAUACAGGCAUGUCUCCAAGUCUCACAGUUCUAUUAUGCAUGCAUAUUUAACAAACAAACAAACAAACAAACAAACAAACAAACAAACAAAAAAUACCCUCAAACAUAAUCCUGUGCACUGGAAACAGUGAGACUUACUUCUGAAUUAAACACAUAGGAUUUUGUUUUAGUGUACUGGGAUUAUACAUAAACUCAAUUACUGAUUAAUAAAGUUGACUAUCCAAUAUACUUUCAGUUUGUUAAUUUAAAACCUUUCACCAGAAUUAUGCAUCUACAAACAAGGCCUUUAGGCAAUAACCUCAGAGUGACAAGUUCCUCAGUGGACUCUUGAGUUGCUUUUGUCUGGGCCUUCUGAAAAAGCAGAACAGGGUGAUUUCACCCUGUGACAUUGCUCUAGGCAGAGCUUUGUCUAGAGCAGGAGUGGGCAGGCUUAUGGGAUCUACUUUGGAUUUUUUUUAAUAGAACCUUGAGAUCCACCAAGCAGAGUCAUAUACAAGAGACCAUUCCACUUCCCAAAACUUAGAACAAAUCAUUUUGAAAUCCCAACAUAUUUUAAAAAACACAUCCAUGGCCCGAUAGUCUACUUUGUAUUCUGAGCAGAACUAUAUGACACAUUUACUGCUGUCUCUUGAGUUUUCUUGCUGUUUGGUCCCACUGGAGUAGUUUAUUAAUGUAGCCAUGUGCUGUGUAUAUGUAUGAUAUAACACUGAAUUUUACUACGUUAGACUAACAUGGCUAUCCUUCUGGAAUCCAUCAUGUUUGCGUGUCGAGGUCCACAAGACACCCCCCAAUAAAACACAAGUGACACAUUAUUUUUGUUUAAGGUUUUUGGCAUAAUUUUGGCCACAACUUUAUUAAAUUACAAGCAAUGUGAGUGGUUGCUUAGGCAUUGGUUGCGACUAUCUGACCCCACACGGGGACAACUCUGACAUUCGCAUGCCUGCGAAGUCAGAAAAGGGUAAGACACCCGGGGAGAGAGACAGGACUGGGAACCAUGCCUCACCUCUCCCCAAAUGCUCCCGGGGGCUCUUGCGUGGCCCUAGCCCCUUAACAGGGUGCGGACAAAAGCAUGGCGAGCCCCUGGGUUCCUUUAACGGAAAACCCUUGCAGCAGCAGCACUUUUGGAGGGGCAGGCACAGCCAAAUCCAUACCCCUCCACCAACCAAUUCCCAAAUCAAUGCCUAACCGCAACCUUACAAGUUGUGACGAUUUGCUACACAGUAGGCAAAAACCAAAUGGCACCAGCCAAUCAGCCAAAUGGACAGAAUUCCUACCGGGCCCCUGCCCCGAAAGCAGACGACCCCAUGACAGGCAUAGCAAGGUCAAGCAAACAGCCUAAAAUAGGGAGGGAGGGCGGGUGAUCCGAUGCACGCAGCGAAAAGAGGAAGCUCAACACUGCGUGCAGGGCAUUUAAAGACUAGGGCAGUCAAUCAAAAAAUGGCAACAUAUAAUUCUCCCCAGCAACAGCCAGCCCUCUGCUAAUGGUGGCCAUACUUUUUCCUGCCCAGCAACAGUGGGGUGUCUUGCUAGGCCCCACCGCAACACGUGCUCUCCAUGAAGGAGAACACGCUUUGUGGAAAUGUGACUAGAGUGGUACCCACUCAAGUCCUUCUCCAGAGCUGACAGCAGCAGUUAGAAGACUCAGGGCUUACCAGAAGCAUCAUGGCUGCUUUUUUAUUGGACUUGUUUUAUUUUGUAUUUCCUUUCAUUAUUGAGUUUUAAAAUUCCAUUGAAAUUUGCAACUACUGUUCCUUGGCCCUGCAUGAUUUGCAGAGGAAUGGCAAGUGUGACAAGAACGCUCAACCUUUCCCUACCACCCAUUUUCUGCAUGCCACACCCUCCCACCACAUUUCAAAUAUGGGUUUGGAACAGAGGCUGGGGAGAAGUAACUAUGGUAUGUCUGUAUGCAGGGGUUGCACCUUCCACUUACUCCAACUUGGAUGCAUGUUGCACCCUUCUGGCACUAACUUGAAUAGGAGGAGAAGUAGCAAGGCUUUCAAGAUACAAUGGCCAAGCAAAACACACAAGUCAGAAUAUGUGGUUCCUGGAGUAUCUGAUGCAGAGGAAGCUAAUCCACAAACUGGCAAGCUGAUCUACAACUCAUAUUUAAAAUGAACGGGGCAUCUCUUGCUACUGCUUGUAAAAUGUGCAUUUAACUUGCAGCUUGUGACGAUGGUUGACAUUACCAUUGCUACUCCACUCCUGGAACACAGUCAUUCAUUUGAUCAUGAACAUGCAUGGUUGUCUGUCAUCUUGCAAUCAAACUGAUUCACUGCAUGUAUGUGCUGUAUAGGGAGUGGUGUAGGGAGAGUGUAAAAGAUGGAAUAGGCUCUUUAUUAUAAAUGAGCCAAAAAGAGUGUGGUGUAUUAAAGGCACUUGAGACAAAUAUUGUAGAACACAAGCCAUUCCAAUAUUGUACUUUACCUGGCCUUUGAUGCCUGAUGAAUGUUUUUGGGACUCAUCCGAUUCUUGCGUCUGUGGUUUGUUUUAGACUGUUGCAAUACUGUAGUUUCAAUUAUUGUAACCUGUCCCCGGGUGUCAUGUUCACAGGAGAGUCACCACAAGUGCAACUUUUAAGCUAGCCAAACCAAGAAAAUAGUGACUAGAUGGGAUUGAUCCAGGAAGCCACAACAUGUGCAACUACUGGAUACUGUUUCCAGACAAUAGACUCCUGAGAGUGUCAACUUCUGAGUUACUCAAACCAACAAAUUCACCAUGUACAGAAUACAGUGCACCUCGGGUUACAUACACUUCAGGUUACAGACACUUCAGGUUCCAGACUCCGCUAACCCAUAAAUAGAACCUCGGGUUAAGAACUUUGUUUCAGGAUGAGAACAGCAAUCGUGCUCCGGCGGCGCAGCAGCAGCAGGAGGCCCCAUUAGCUAAAGCGGCGCUUCAGGUUAAGAACAGUUUCAGGUUAAGAACGGACCUCCGGAACGAAUUAAGUACUUAACCUGAGGUACCACUGUACUGAAGACAGGAGUGCCUAGCGUGCUCUGGUCAUGGGGUCACGAAGAGUCGGACACAAUUAAACGACUAAACAACAACAACCACUGUACUAGGUUAGAUUCAUGGAGUAAGCAAAAAAAAAAAAGUCCACAGAAACUACAUUCUAACAUCCAUUCUGAGCUAUAAAUGAUUUUCCAUAACACCUUCCAAGCUGGUCAAAGCAACCAGAUUCACCAGUUAAACGUGACUAGAUUGGCUUCAUGUAGUAAGCCACAAACUGUUCACAGAAACUACAUUCACAUGCUGGUUACAGGUCAUAAACAAUGCUCUAGAAAAAUGGCCCAGAACACCAACUUCUAGCCAAACCAACUAAAUUCCCCAGUUACACACAGCUAGAUCAGCUUAUACAGUAAGACACAGAAUGUCCACAGAAACCAUGUUCCAAUUCCCAUUCUUGGCAAUAAAAGGUAUUCUGGGGAAAUGGUCCAGAACAUCAUCAAUUAAUUAAAUUUCUAUAAUACCUUUUAUCGGACGAUCACAGGGCAGAUUUCUAUAGCUAGAGCUAUAGAUAUAAAACAUACCAGAACAACAAACGGAAACAAUACCCUCCCAGAGUUUAAAAGGUCAUAGAUGGUUUAAUUAGCCAACAUAUGUAACAAAGGCGCCAGGCGAGCCUCCCUGGGGAGAGCAUUCCACAAGCAGGGAGCCACCACAGAAAAGGCCUUUUAUCGUGUUGCUGCCCUUCAGACCUCUGGUGAAGGAAGCACUUGAAGAGGGGCCCCAGAUGAUGAUUGCAGGGUCCAGGUCGGUUCAUUUGGAUGUUAUCAGUUAUUAGAUGUUUUGUGGCUUACUGUAUUACCCCCAUCUGGCUCAAUGUGACUUUUGACCUGGGUUUGUUAGGAUAACUCAGAAGUGGGCUAUUUUUCUGGGACACCAUUAAUCCAAACUUGGUUUCUGCGGAAGUUUUGUGGCUUAAGGCAUCAUUUGCUUUCAUGUGACUGGUAAAUUGGGUUAGUUCAGCUAGCAUAGAAGUUGGCGCACCUGGCUGUAUUUCCAGAAUGCCAUGGAGUGCCCUGAAUUGGUUAUCCAAAUGUGGUUUCUGAGGACGUUUUUGUGGCUUAUUCAGUUCACAGUGGCAUCACACAACUAUACUUCUCCAUAACAUCUGACUCAGGGGAGGUCGUAUAUGACCUGGAACAUUGUCUGGGUGCAGUGGUGGACCAGAUGAGGGCUAGUAAACUGAGCUUGAACACUGGGAAGACAGAGACUUGGCUACUAUUUCUGUUGUGUGUCGAUCUGAUAUUUUUCUGUGGUUUAUUACUGUGGAUCAUGGCAUGAGUAAAAAGGUUGGCAUAACUUAAUAUGACAGGAGAUCCCCACUAUGAACUUUCUUGACCCUGGUCCCAGACUGAUCUCAAACGUGUCCUGGAAGGCAUCGAGGAGACAUAUUGAGCUCCUAAUACCUUGUAUAAAGAUCAGCCCAUGUAAUCUAGUUACCAGUGAAAUCUAAUCAACAUCUCCUGCUAAAGUAUGGUUGCUACACAGACAAAAUGAUAUAACUUUAAGGCAGGAUACAAACAAGGAUGACCAGUUUAGCUAUAGCUCACCAGGAUUAUAAUCUUUCACCUUUCAAUUAAGCAGAAUAAACAAAAUAGGAAAUAGGCAGGAAACUAUGGGAAGAAACAAUAGAAUAGAAAUAUUGGAAUUAUUGGAAUUAGCUCCUCCAACCUUCUCCAUUAGAAUGCAUUGACUAACAUUAGUACAAAACCCCUAAAUUUUCAAUGGUUGGUUAGCUCUCUAGGUUCCAACAAGGAACUUAGCACUCUUAAGGAACCAACACACACCCUUUCUCUUGAAUGAGCCACAGAAUGUGAUUUCUGAGGAAGAUUUGUGAUUUACUAUAUCUGUCUGUCUCAUUAUACCUGCUGAAUUUGGCUGGUUUGAACAGCUCAGAAAUAUGCUUCUGGACUGCUGUUUUAGAACACUAUUUAUGCUCUGAAACAGAUACAGUGGUACCUCGGGUUAAGUACUUAAUUCGUUCCGGAGGUCUGUUCUUAACCUGAAACUGUUCUUAACCUGAACCACCACUUUAGCUAAUGGGGCCUCCUGCUGCCGCCGCACCGCCGGAGCACAAUUUCUGUUCUCAUCCUGAAGCAAAGUUCUUAACCUGAGGUACUAUUUCUGGGUUAGCGGAGUCUGUAACCUGAAGCAUAAGUAACCUGAAGCAUAUGUAACCCGAGGUACCACUGUACCAGAAUGUGGUUUCUGCAGAUAUUUUGUGACUAUAAAAAUUCCAGGUCAUUUCCCUGGAAUACCAUUUAGUGCCUUGAACAGGUAUUGGAGUGUGGCUUUAAUUGAUGUUUUGUGGUUUUCUGCUUCAACCUUUCUAGUAGGUUUCCUUAGAUUGGAACCUGGUGUUCCAAGCAGUUCAUGGUCAUCCUGUUCUGAACUGGAUGGGAUGUGGCCGUGAAUGGAUUAAUGAACAGUACACUGUUUGGAUUCUUUGAGUUCUAAAAUGUUAUUCUCAACAGUUUCACAUCCCAUUGUUCCCAGAAUGGGCACCAGAACAUGGCUUCUAUGGGCAUUUUGAGGCUUAAUACACCAUUCCUAUUGGGUCCUACUGGAUGAGUUAAAAGUUGGCUUUUUGAGCUAUUUUUCUGGAAUAUUGUUUAUUGCCUGGAAUGAGUAUCAGAACAUGGUUGCUCUGGAUUUUUUGCAGCUUAUUCAACCAAUACCAUAUAGCCAUGUUUGACCUGUGGAUUUUAUUGGUUUGGAUAGCUUGGAGGUUGAUGUUUGAGGUCAUUUUUCUGGGAUACCAUUUAAUGCUUGGAAUGGGUAUCAGGGUGUGGCUUCUGUGGAUAUUUUGUGGCUUACUGCAUCAAUCACAUCUAGUCACUAUUUUAGUUGGUUGAACUAGCUGGUUGGUUUGAUGAGAGCCACCCAGUCAAAUGGGCAGGGUACAACUACUGUUGUUGUUGUUGUUGUUGUUGUUUUGAAAGCUUGCCUUCUGGGCUGUUCCAAGCAGGUUUAGGGCAUGAAGGGGCUAAUAAAAAGGAUUCUUUGAGUUCUAAAAUACUGUUCUCAACUGUUGCCGACACUUCUUACUGUACCCAGAAUGGUAGAGUGAGGUUUAUGUGGACAUUUUGUGGCUUUGUGUUUGAUUUGCAUUUGGCUUAAUAUGACUGGUGAAUUUGGUUGCUUUGCCUAGCUCAGGAAUUGGCAGUUCCAACUAUUUUUCCACCAUACAAUAUAUUUCUUGGGAUGGCAAUCUCUCCACUUGAUUUCAGUGGAAGUUUUGUGGCUUACUGCAUCAAUUUCAUCAAGUCACUAUGUGGCUAAUUUGGUUAGCUCAGAAGUUGGCAUUCUGAAAUGUCCAGGGCAAUUCCAUUCUGCUCCACAUGGGUCCUGGGUAUGAAGGGGUUAAAUAAAAGUUUACCGUUGCAGUGGUUUCAGUUCUAAAAUGUUGCUCUCGAACUUCUGUAACACAUAUCUUUGUACCCAAAAUGGGUAUCUGGAUGUCUUUUCUGUGGAUAUUUUUUUGUUUUUUUGGAUCAGUCCCAAGAAAUCCCAUUGGACUGGCAGAUUUGGUCAGUUUGCCAUUCCUGGCACUUUCCCCAGAAUUCUGUUUUUCACCUAGCAGGUAUCAGAAUGUGAAGGAGUAAAUGAAAAAAUAUAUUGGAAUAGUUUUUGUUUGAAAAAGUAUUGUUCUCAAUUGUCUCUACCACAUUCCUCUGCUUUUUCCUGUGUAAAGGGUUUUUCCAUCCUGUUCCAGUUUUACACUGCCAUUGUAGAAUGCAAGUACAGGCAUCUGUACUCAGGUGUGGUUUUUAACUCUGCUUGUUUCAUAAGGCAGUUGUUUCUCUUUCCCUUUUCUCCAUAGAGAUGAAUGUAUAGUGAGAAAAUUGGAUGCCCCUGCACACUGUGAACUUCGGUGCUGUAAGGAGGGGCCAGUAGGAAAUGGUCUCAUUGGGCAGCGGCCACCCACCAUCAAUCCUGAAAGACUGAAAGAUUUUGGUGAAGAAGAUUACCUAAAUGGGGGGGUGAAGACAUGGGAAAUGAAGAUAAUCAGCCAUAACGAGGAAUUGCUAAGAGAUCCAGUUGUUCGUCCAGAAAGAAGUAGCCUGCCAGCCUACAACAAGUUUAUUCGAUUUGAAGAUAUCAGUGCAGCAGCAUUCAAAAUUCAGUGUGGAGUCCAGAAAACGCCUUGUACGGUAUGAUAAGCGACUUGUUUCACAACGCUAGUUAAAAUGCAAUGCAUCCUAGAAGUUAUUUACUUUAUCGGUGCCCCACUGGCUUUAGUAUAACAUAUGGAUUAUGGCCUUGCUUUAAACUUCUGCGCACAAGGCAAAGAUGAAGGCAACUUAGCCCAAACAAAAUGCCUUCCUUUAGCUUUGCUUAUACAGGUUGGGCAUCUGCUAGCAAUGUUUCUCAUUAUCUCACAUGGGUUUCUGCUCAGUAUGGGAGCCUCCAGACUGUCAGUAUUUUGCAGGAAGAAUUCGAGCGCAUACUGGAACCUUAGGUUUGCACAAUUAAAGUGAAUUAAUGCAGUAUUUCUUUCACCCUAGCACAACAAAUUCACUUAAAAAACAAAAACCCCAUAGACGUUUUGUGGUUUGGAAAGGGGCAGAGAUCAAAUUAACUCCAGAAUGUUCCGUUGUUUUCAGUAUUCUAGGCUUUCAAAGCAGUAUGGAAUGGACAUAUAUCUAAAGAAAGAGUUCCUUCAGUACACAGGAUCUGUGAAGGAGCGGGGUGUGCUUUACCUUCUGAUGUCUUUGCAACAGGUAGGAAAACAAGUGGAGCAAAAUCUGAGCAUCAGAGUGAAGUGGUUCUUCACUCAAUUUAUAAACAACCCUGUGAGGUAAGUUGGCCAGAAAGAGAAUGCUUCUCUCCCCGUCCCUUAAAAAACCCACCACCUCUGUAUUUGACCUUUGGACAAAAUCAGCCAAGCUAAGAGGGUCUUCCAAAAAAUGAUUCGUAGUUAAAUGGGGAUUUGAACCAUGGUUUGCAAUGUGUAAGCCCCACUGUCAUGGUCUGGUCUGAUGCCAGAUCCCAUAGGCAUUUCAGGGACACACAGGCAACUUGCUCCAGCAAAGGUUGAGAGCAGAUUGAGGCCUUGUAAGUUUCUUCCUCCAGACUGCUUCUUCUAGGCUCCACCCCCUUGUAGAGAACUUCAGAUUCUUACAGGGCCAACCCUCUGGCUUGAAGAUGGGCACUCCUCCUCUGUUCUGUAGCCUUCUGCCAGUGUGCAGCCUGUGCUCCCAGACCAGGGAGGUACUGUGAGAAGCAUUAUGGUCCUCUGAUAGGAACCCGCAGCUGGCAACCUUUAAGCCAGAGGUGGCCAAACUUUAUUGGCUUGUAGAUUGUACUGCCACUACUCCAGGAGCUGCGUGCCAGCAGUAGGCAUAGCCAAAAAGUGGGCAAGUCCACAUUCUCUGGCCUACCACUUUCUAAUUGCGACCUCCCCGUAAAACUAAUUGCUAACCAGUGUCCUAUGGUUUGAUGGUUUGUGUUGCAGGAUCAACAAAGGAAAGGUGUGAUCGUUGCCUCGGACACUAACUUCUCCAUGGCAGUAGCAUAUCAUGCCUCAGAGCACCAAAUCCCAGUGUUUGUCAUCAUGUCCACCAGCACCUUGCCAGCCAGAGUUAAAAUGUGCCGCGAGUACGGUGCCAUGGUCAUUUCCUAUGGCUCUACAGCGAGAGAUGCUCAGAUGCACGCCAAGAGGCUGGCACAGGAAAACGGCUACUUGUAUCUCGAAGAGUAAGUGGAUAUUUAACAGAUAAUAACCACAACACUCAGGAUGACCUUUUAUAGCAACAUCACUAUAAAGAUCUUGUCGGAAACACAGCUUGAGCCUUACCAUAUGUGGUGAUGGGGAAAAGAUGGGCUACAUCUUGUGCAUCAUCAUCACUACAAGAACACUGCAGAUAAGUCCUCCCUAGGUAGGAAUAUGAGUAAUGGAACAUUUCCAGUGUUGCACAUUAUUUCCUUGGCUAAAAGUAGAAAAGUCCAUUUGUUUCUGUAAUUCUCUGAGUGGAAAAUAGAACACAUGUAUUGGCCGCAGCAUCACAAUAACUGUUGAGAUACCUUGGAACUAGAGUAUUUUCUUUCUUGCCAGCCGUAAGCGUCAAGCAUUCUGGAUCUCUGCUUGCUGUAUCCACUGAUGAGGCCAAUGGAACAACAGCUUCCAAAUGCUAUUUGGUACAACAUUUCCAUUAAUUUGUCAUCCUGCAGGUUAACGAAUCAAAUAAAAAUAAUUCUUAUAAUUAGCUCUCCCCACUUCUUCCUGAUCUGAUAUUGCUGCCCCCACUUUAAACUUUGUUUCCUUCGGUUUACUCAUAAAUUGCUUGCUAACUGAAGGAGUUUUUUAGUUAGGAUUUGGGCUGCCUUAAAACUUCUUUGUAGCCUUCAGGGAGGUCCUCCAAGUCAGAAGUUAAGGUAUCAGAAGUUGGCUUUGGGUCAUGGAAAGACUUAUUCCAUGUUGGUCUGCACUGCAUUUCUGCAAAGAGCUAAACUGAAAAGCUGUAGUUUCCUGUAAAUUCCUUGCUGUCCAGAAUGCUAAACUGACUUUGCCCUUAUAGCAGAUUAGGAAAGAGAUCCGAUGCCAUUUCUUGCAUUUUGAAUGAGAGCAGAAAGCAGAAGAGAAAGGAGAUCAAUAGCAGAAUAACCCAGAGAUUCCUGCCAAGCCAUAGCUGGUUUUUGCUGGAAAAACAACAACAACUAGAAUAGCCCUCUCAGCUCUCUGAGAGGGAAAAUGUACAUUACAGACUUAAUCUGAUUUAAUAGUUAUGUCCUUUCCUUAGAAUAUCCUGGGAACUAUUUGGACUACAAGGCGGCAAAGGGAUCUCUAAUGUUGAUUCUCAGCCGACUCAUCAAAAACUCCCAGGAUUCUUCUUUUGGCCGGGGGGGACAUGACAGCUACACUUGUAAAGAACAAAUACCAGUUUGGAGUACAGAUGUGCCCUCUGUAACCCUUCUGCUACCGUAGUCUUGUCUGCCUCCUAGCUGUAGAUGAUGAUUUCAGCUAGCUCAAGUCAUUUGCAGCAAGUGAUGCAUAUGUUAGUUUUAAGAGUGUAUGUGUGACAUUUGUCACAUGAAAUUUGUCCGAUGCAAUAACACUGCCAUGCAUUUAAGGCAGUAAGCAAAAAAAGGAGGUGGGGUGGUGGAGAGGAAUCCUAAAAUGAGGCUAUGAAACAGCUGGGUUGUACCACCAAGUUAGAGCAAGCAGGUAUCUUCUCGAGUCUAGACCAUUAAACCCACACUGAGACCAUAUAAUCUGCUAUGGCUGCUGUUAAAAAGAAAUGUAUUUGCCUUCACCAUUAACAAUGGCAUGUGCUUUGUUAAAUUAUCUUAAAUUUACUAAACGUCUAAAAUAUGUAGGGCACUUUGUUUCCCUGAAUGAUGGUGCAGAGGCCUGUUUCUUUCACCUCCUGAUCUGGGUGUGUCUGGAAGCCUCAUCAAGAGAUUUCAGCAACUCAGAAGCCUGUGUGAACCUCCCAAAUUCCACCCAGUCCUUAGUCCUAUCUGAGUUACUCUAGAUCUAGAAAUGGGGUAAAGGGAGGAAACUUCGCACUGUGGAAUACUUCAAGAGAUCCAGCUGCACUUGGGUGCUGCACCCUCACUUUAGGAUUUGCGUUCCUAAAAAAUUAGUCUUCAAGGUGUCACCAAACCAUUUGCUGUAUUAUAGGGAAAAGAUAAUUUUUCAGUGUGCUCAGUGCCUUAUAUCCUUGUACAGCUUAUUCAUUCACGAACAAAAUAUUCAAAAAUAAAAGCAAAGAAGGUGGCGGACUCUCUUUCCUUGGAGGAGUUUAAGUAGAGGUUGGAUGGCCAUCAGUAAUGUAUGAUAUAGUAGCUGAGAUUCCUGCAUCGUGGGGGUUGGACUAGAUGACCCUUGAGGUCCCUUCCAACUCUACAAUUCUAUGAUUCUAUGAACAAAAGCCAUAAAUUAUACAUACAAACUAAAUAUAUAAGCAAUGAGAGAUAUUAUUAUUAUUUUUUGCAUUCCAACAGAACCUGCAGCUGCUUUAGCAACAUGCUCAUGAAGGUUAACCCUUAUCUAUUUUAUCACAGCAAAUAAUGAAGGUAUUGUUCAUUGCUGAUGAGCAAAUAUUUUCCCUCUGCUUGCUUUUGCAGAGAAGACAGUUCUGUCUAUCUAUCAGGGCUGGGGACCAUGGGACUGGAGAUCUACGAACAGGUGCCAAAACUGGAUGCAGUGAUAUUCCCGGCAGGGGCCCACUGUGGACUGCUAGCAGGCUCAGCUGCUGCACUGAAACACCUGAACGAACAUAUUUCUGUGAUUGUAAGCAUCUAUAUAGAUUUAGCUCCUGCAUGUAUGCAUUUUGAAAGCUGUACUUGGCUGUAUUUUGGUUUGGACUCUAGUAGCGUUAAACCAGCUUGUUGAAACUAACAAUAACUAAGCAAAUUAAAAAAUUGUCCAGCAGCACCUUAGAGACCAACUAAAUUUGCUCUGGGUAUAAGCUUUUGUGUGCAUGCACACUUCUUCAGAUAUUAUUCUUGGUAUCUGAAGAUGUGUGCAUGCACACAAAAGCUUAUACCCAGAACAAACUUAGUUAACCUCUAAGGUGCUACUGGACAAUUUUUAAUUUUUUUAUUUAUUUCGACUGCGUCAGACCAACACGGCCACCUACCUGAAUCAAUAACUAAACAGAAAGACAUUGGCCUUUGAUAAAGGAGUUAAGUAGAAAAGCACACCCAAGGAGCUUCCUGGCAAAUGACACCGAAAGCUUCAGCUUUUGCUCUUCAAAUCACAUGAGUCAAUCUACCUUUAGCCAUGCUUCAGAAAAAGGUAUUUAUGCGUGAUUCAUUGUGUCAAAAUGUAUGGAGGGUAGUGCAUGGAGCAAAUGUGUAUCUCACUGAAAACAAUGUAGUGAGGAGAGACAGGAAUGAGAGUUCAAAACACAUUCCAAGACACACACACAAUUAUUAUCAUUAAUAUGAGUAUUACUGUAUUUUUUAUAUCUCUCUCUCAUUUUUAUCAGUCUGGGACUCAACUGGAUAUGCAUCCAAUUUAUGCUUGUGAUUUCUGGUCCCACAAGUGAAAUGUGCAGAACGCCUAUCUGUUCAAAAAUCCCCUGAGGUGGUUCAAGGUGAACGAGGUUUCUCUCUCUCUCUCGUGUGUGUGUUUUAAGAAACCAGCUGAGGGAAAUUUUACCCUACAAUCAGAACUUGGCCUGCUACCUGUAAGGGUUAAGCCAACCCACUUAAAACAAAGUGCACCAUCUAGUGAAAAAGUUUGGCCAUGUUGGUUUCAAUUGAAGAGACCUGGCCCCUGCAUAAAUCGUUCCCAUUAUUAUUUGGUUUUGUAAUUUCUUUUUUUAAAAAAAUAUUUAUAUAGUUCAAAAGAACCUACAACAUUUUCAAGUGACUUUGGACUCCCCCACCCCUCUAUGGUUUCCUUAAUUUUCCAAAUAAUGCUGCAUAUUAUUGUUAUUCUAUACCUUAUCUUCUCUACAAUAUUUUCAAUUUUAAAUGUUACUGUUGUUCUUAUUCCGAAGCUGUCAUAGAGGACAGGACCAUCAAUGGAAAUUGUGUCGUGCCAUCUAAAUGGAGCUUUAGACCAUCAGAGGCAGUCUGUGCCCAGCUAUAUUUUUUUAUCUUGGAGAGUUUUUUAUAUGAAAAAAGCACCCAGACUUUCCAUGUCCCCACCUGCAGGCUAAAAUGGAUAAGACACAUAAUGUAAGUUGAUCACAUUGUUCAGCUCAGGAUUCUUAGAUUUGGAUGGCAUGAAAGAGGCAAGGAUGAACUUUGUUGCCCAUGACCACCUAACGAAUCCUUUCUGGUAGGAUGCUUUUGCAGUUUGUUUGUUAGGUUAAGUCUCAUGGGUUAUUCUGGCCUAGUUGUCACUGAGGUGAUAAAGGUGACUGUAUUGUACUACUUUGAACUUGGGAGUUCACAUGACUGAAUCCUCUUUCCCAUGCAACUAUUCCUCUUCAUCUAAAAAACUGGAUGCUGAGGGUAUGGGUUCUUGCCUAAUUUUCUCUCUGACACAUUUGUUCUCUGUAUGCACGGAAUUGUUCCACAUGAAGUUGUAUUCAAUCAUCUGAAUCUUCCACCGGCAAUCUGAAGUGGUAAAAGACAGUCAUGGCUUUGCUGCCUUUGUGAAAACUAGGUCUUGUACAAGGAUUGAAUUUCUGUGUCACUUUGCCUGGUCAUAACACACUGCCAGAGAAACUCAAGACUGUACCGCUUUGGCACAGGAGAACAUGGUUGAGAGCAGCUGACUGAGACAUGGAAUGUUAGGGUGCAUGUUUGAAAACUAAACUGAAAUGCUAAACCAUCAUUUAAAUUGGGUUUGUCUUUCUCAGGGUGUAGAAUCGGAGAGUUUCCCUGUGUUGCAGCAAUCGUUAAAGAUUGGUCACCCGGUAGAAGAUCAGACCCGCAGUAACCAUCAGUUUUACAGAGGUCAGAGACUUUGGCAUCUUUUCUACUUUACAUAUGUUCCCAUUCCAUUGAAAAGGAGACACUAAGUUAUCCUGUUUUGUUUUUCUGCUGUUACCUGUGUAGGUAAGGUAGGUGUUCAGGUGCUCUUUGCCGUGUUAUAAGCUGCAAAAUGACCAAGUAUUUUUUUAAAAAAUCUUUCACUUACAAUUAGCAGGAAAAAUAAUUUACUACCUGCCCCCCCCCACCGCUUUUUUAAAAUGUGUUGCUUCAACCUACAGAUGUGAGCGGACCUUGUUUUGGCACCAACUCGUUGCAGCUGACUGGGAAAUUUGUUGAUAAGGUUGUAACAGUGAGGUGAGUACAGCAAAUGAGUAAAUCAAGGACAACUAUUGUCUGGUAUGGUCACUUCCUAGAGCACUUUCAAGGGAUUCCAAGAGGCAUUUAACUUAAAACAAACCCAACAACCACCACCACUCAUUCAUUUGGGUUGGAAAGGCAUCAUAAGUCACUAUGUAAUAAGAAAGAGGCCUGGAAUCCCUCAGUGAGGCUGGCUCCUGCAGUCACCUUUUUUGUGGCCUUUUUUGACAUCCAGGAUGCCACAGCAUUUGGGUUUACAGUCAUUUGGUGACAUCAAUGACAGUCAUAUGUGUUGCCACAGCCAACAGAAUUAAGUGGUAGCAUGGACAAAUGGGGACCAGGAUGGGUAAGGUAAAACAGCAUUUGUGCAACAUAAAAUUGAUGGAUAUGCUUUUUGACAUAAACAUAGACAGACACACACACAUACAGUGACUAGUUGCCUUGUUGUGCUGCCACUUCCUGUCAUGCCCAGUGAAAUGCUUUGGGGGAAAAGAAAUAUGAGAAAUCAAGUGAUGUGUGCAUAAGCAGUCCUCUGUUUGACCCUGUUCCUCUCACUCUUCAGAGAAGAGGACAUUCUGAUUGCCAUGCUGAGGUUGCUGGAAUACGAACGAGCCACGGUCGAUGCAGAAGGAUCCAUUGGCCUUGCAGCUCUGGUCACUGGGAAGUUGCCAGAGUUAAAGGGUAAAAGGUACGGAAAUAUGAGGAAGGAAAAGAGAACUGUGUUUCUUAGAUGCAAAGCCUCUCUCAUUGUGCGUCCCAGAUUAUCCACUGCUUUUGGGUGGAACACAUCCAGAACCAAAGGACCCCCUGUUUUGAAGGUAUUCGAAGUGACUUCAGCUGUUCUAUGUUGUUUCUUUUCUUAGCUUCAGUGAAGCAAUACUGGGUGAAGGCAGGAGCUAAGCUUGCCAGAAAUAAUACUUGGGUUUCAGUAAAAUCAAGCCCAUGCCACAGUUAAAGCACUUUAGCUUAUACAUUACAGAGACUUCCACCACUCAGUAAAAAUGGUGUUCUACUUGAGCCAAUGGCCAAGCACAGCUAAAAGGAAGUUUGAGGCCCAGAUGAUGAUUCAUCGCAAACCCACUUUUCAGUCUCUUGAAUGACAUUAGUAUUCUCUCGGGAGCCCAUCUUUGUAUGACGAGCCAGGAUAAUGUUGUGUUAGCAAUACUGAUGCCUCCAUUCUUAACUUUGUAUUCCAGGAGUAGCAUACCCCUGUAACUCUGCCACCUCACUGCCCUUUCUUAGCAUACCUUAUUUAAAAGCACCUUCCCACCACCAAGUUCCUUUCUGGAAGGAGAGACAAGUGAUCUCUUCUUGUCCCCUCAUCGGCUUGUGACAGUUUGAUCCUGCCAAUUGCUGGACUGCAAUAAGUUUACUCCACAAAGUACAACAUGCAAGCUACUUGUGAGUCGGCCUAAUUUUGAACAUGAACAGAUGCUCUACUGGGGAAGAACCAAGCCUGCCAUUCAAAACAGUUUUCCUGGGGUGUAAAUGGCUGAUGUGAUAGUACUCUUGGUUGAUUUUGUUCAUGGAUGUCUGUUCUAAAAAUGACAUAUAAACAACUUCCGGGGUGGCGCCACCGGCAAUGGCGGACUCCCUCUGAAUUGGAGGGACUAGCUCCGCAUGAAACGGGUCUUUUCCGCUGCGGCGUAGCGGGGACCCUUCUGGAAAUCACAGGCGGAUGAAGCCUGUGACUGUGGGACUCGGUGGGCACCCUUAGCGCCCCCCCAACCCACAAAGGAACCCACAAACGGGCUCCGAAGUGAAGAGGGGGAAGUGGCGCGGUGCUGUGAGUCAAUUGCUUUUUCUGUGGAGCGAAGCCGCAUAGUCGUUGCCGGAGAGCGCUGCCUUUUUCCUGGGACAAUUUGGCAUUUAAAACAACCAACCAUGAGUACUGGAACAUUGAAAGGAAUUUGGACUUAAAAAUUAACCCUAAUUUGGUACUGAAACGGGAAGGUUUAAACAGGAAGUCACCCUUCCGUUUCCUCGUAGUUAAAACAAAGCAAAGACAACGCAAACUAGAGCCUUAAAAAUCACUUUUAAAGGAUCAACUUUCAUCAUUUAAAAUCGUUGAACCCCCCUUCGGUAGCAGGGGAAGAAGGGGGACCUUUUUCUGAGCUGUUUAAACCUGCAGAAGUGAAUCUAAAGCAAAGUAAUUUUCCACCGUCCUGACCCUGGAGCAGGGUGUCAGAAUUGACGUUUGAAGCUCAUUGACCAGAAACAAAUGUCUUUGGCAGAUAGUUAAAAGAAGAGAAACAUUGUGAUUCCAUUGUUUCCUUUCGUCUUUUAAAAAUAAAUAAAUAAAUAAAUAAAUAAAUAAAUAAAUAAAAUGACAUAUAAACAAUAGACUAUUUCAGAGACCUGGCUUGAAUUGACAGAUAUCAAAUGAAUAUCAUUUGCUUUGUAAUCUAUGCAAAAGGCAGCUGUAAUGGAUGGGGAAAAGCAAUAACAUACUGUACAUUUUAGCAGUGAUAUAAAACAUGAUGAAAGGACUUCUUUUGUAUAGUAAUGAAUUUCUGGUGAUCUUACUCGUUUUCCAGAGUGGCUGUUGCAGUGUGCAGUGGUAACCUGGAGCUCUCACUGAUGAGGCAGUGCAUAGAUCGUGCCCUUACAUUGGACAACAGGGUCUGCAAAUUCUCCAUUCUGAUCUCUGACUGUCCAGGCGAUAUUUCAAAGCUACUGGCGAUCUUGGCUCGGGAGGAAACAAGGUAGCCUAGAAUGAUAACCAGGAAGAGAACAGUAUUCAGAAAACAACUAAUUGGACUGCUGACAUUCAUUUUAUGUUUAUUAUUUGGGGGGGGGGGAUAAAGUCACAUGGAAAGAUGAAAGAAUGGGUUUAUUGUUUAUUGUUUUCUUUUGAGCUAUAUUUCACUGAAAGAAUAGAGGAGGUAGGAAUACACGAUUCCAAAUCUCUUCAUUGCUCAUUCAUGUAACACUCAGCCAUGAUUUGGUGUUACAUCUGAAUUGCAUCUGGACUCAGGCGUCUCUUUUGAGAUUCUUGUAACUUUUUCAGGUGUUAUUUUGUCCCUGGGGUGAGUGGGCCUCAGGCUUGCAAACCCUGCUCUAUAUACUUUCUAGAUACCACUAGAAUAUAAACCAAGUGCACUCAAAGGCAGCAGGUGUAAUCCCUGCCGUAUAUAAUGCAAAUGAAUGAAGAAGUACAAUAACAAGUGAAAAAUGAGAGAGAUCAGGAACAGUAAAGAGCUUCAGCCUGUCAGUCAUAUCCUUCCCUUCCAGCAAUGAUUUCUCUGUCUCUCUUUCUACACACACACACACACACACACACACACACACACAGAGCCCCCAAGCUGCUGGCCGGAAAGUAUCUGUGGAUUCAAUAAUAAUAAUAAUAAUAAUAAAUUUUAUUUAUAUCCCGCCCUCCCCAGCCAAAGCCGGGCUCAGGGCGGCUAACAACAAUCAAAUAAUCAAACAAUCAAAUAAUCCAACAUUCUAAAACAUUUCAUUAUAAAAAUUAAUUAAAAUCAAAUUAAUGGCAACCGUUAAGCAAAGUUCUGUGCAGGUUGCCAGAGGAGGGAGUCAGGCUGGGCCCUGACCAAAGGCCUGGUGGAACAGCUCUGUCUUGCAGGCCUUGCGGAAAGAUGUCAGGUCCCACAGGGCCCUAGUCUCUUGUGACAGAGCGUUCCACCAGAUUGGAGCUGCAGCCGAGAAAGCCCUGGCUCUAGUUGAGGCCAGCCUAACCUCUCUGAGGCCUGGGACCUUCAGGAUGUUUUUAUUUGCAGACCGUAGGUUCCUCUGUGGGGCAUACCAGGAGAGGCGGUCCCGUAGGUACGAGGGUCCUAGGCCGUAUAGGGCUUUAAAGGUUAAAACCAGCACCUUAAACCUGAUCCUGUACUCCACCGGGAGCCAGUGCAGCUGGUAUAGUACCGGAUGAAUGUGAUCUCGCAGCGAAGACCCCAUAAAGAGUCUCGCCGCGGCAUUCUGCAUCCGCUGGAGUUUCUGGGUCAGACUCAAGGGCAGCCCCACGUAGAGCGAGCUACAAUAAUCCAAGCUGAAGACCUUAGCAGGCAACCAUUCUAGCACAAGCUGGAAGAAUCAAAGUUUAUGAUCUCUCCAUGCAAUGCUGCAAGGAUGCUGUUCAUUCAUGUUUUCAUGAGUACAGGCAGAUAGUCAGCAUGGCCCUCCCUGAGAGAGAUAGGAGACCAAAUUAAGAAAACGACCCAUGACUCUUAAGACUCUGAUGCUUUCCUUGAUUUUUGCCCUCCUUUCCGCUAAUUGGCAGAUGCUAAAAAAAGAAAAGAAAAUUACUUUCCGCACAAAGAGCAUACAACUAUGACUAGAUCUGCUGUGAUCUCACAUACAAUCUCUUUGUUCUAGAGUUUUGGACAUAAAACAAGAACACAUGUACGUGGCGUCUGAUCUGUUCACCAGCGAGGUAAGGAAAAACCUUUCAUUAUGGCAAUCCUGCACAGACUUAGUUGUGACUGAGUAUGAAACUGCCACAUACAGUCAUAUCACUGGACAAUCUAACCCAAAUGGCAGAUGUUUUGACAGGCAGUAGCUUCCCAGGGUCUUCAGUAGAGUUCUUCCCUAACCCCUAAUAUUUGAGAUCCUUUUAAGUGAGCAGUUACUCUAACCCAUAGGAGUGGGUUAGAUAACACUAGAACUGGAGAUCCAGUGAAAUUGGUUUGUAGUAGAUUCAGGAAAAAUAAAAGAAAGUACCUCUUUUUCAUAGUACAUCAUUAGCUUAUGGAAUUCCCUGUCACAAGAUGAUGACCAUGGCCUUAGAUGGAUUUUGACAAAGGGGCAGCUCUGUGAAUGCAUGUGUCAGGGAGCAUUGACCAAGUAGGACUUCCUGGAGCGAAUCCCUAUGUUUUUAGUAAUGUGUGUCCCUUUAGCUCACUUUAUACAAUUUCUAUGGAAUGUGAGUACGGCCACGACAAACAUGAUAGCUGCAUAAAGUGCAACGUUUCACGAGUGAACGGUUCCAUCCACCCAGAACUGCUGCGAAUCCAAUGUACUCAUUUAAAUGAAUGGAGAUUGAGCAUCAACAGUGCUUGGUGGUUCAUACUGGCUCCAAGCCUUGCUAGGCAGCGCAGUAGGGUAAAUCUGAACUCGUUAGCCAACUUUUGCUUGAACAUUAUACAUUCACUCAUGGAGAGCUGAGCAUUUCCUGGCUCACGUGGUUGCUUAGUGAAAUACUGAUGGGAUGGUUUUGCUUUCUUUUACAUAUAGCAUUUAUUCGGCUACUUUGGCCAGCUCUGGACAAUUUUAAUAAUCCCCAGUGCUCCAAUUAUGUUUCGCUGGUAAAACGCAAUACAAGAAUAUUUAUAGCUGAAGCUCCCAAUUGAUUCCAGAUUUUUGGAACGUUCGUAGCCAGCAGAGAUACAUAGAAUACAUUAAAACAUACAUUGGAAAUUCACUCGGCUUGCUAGAGAACAGAUUAUCUUUACAGAAAAGUACCCGGUUUCAAGAAAAACAGACUUUUGCCUCCCAGCUGCCACAUGCUUUCAUUUUAAAAUGUAUAAUUUUGUUGGAAAAGGGGGUGGGGGCAUAAGUUAAAUGGGACAAUACAAUGUAUAUGAAUAGUUGAAAUAAAAAUCCUUACAGUUUAACAAGAUUUUGUGCACACCACUCUAGAAAAAUGGUUGUUCUGGGCACUUCCAGACUGUCACUCUUUUCAGGGGGAUAGAGAAAAGAUCUGCACAUAGUAAGGAGCUGCAACAGUGAGGAAGGUGUGGAAUCUUUCAAAAUUGAUUGGUAACAGAACCAGAUAGAUCUUUGGCUGGAGGCACCUGACAUGUCUGUCACACACUUUGUGAAUCCUGCACCUGAUUCCACAUUCCAUGCUUUUUAAAGAGUUGCAGAAUUUACACAGGCCUGGUCACCAAUUCCCCAUUUCAAGCCAUGCAUGGUUCCUGGGAUUAGUAUUUCUAUAUCCCUUUCUCCAUGCCCUGGGCUAGCCUGUCCUCAGAUUACUGCCCCCUCCACAGUCCUGCCCCUCCUCAGCCUUCCUUUCUUAUGACAGCCUGCCUCUGGACACUACUCUGCAUUCAGCUGAAAAGCUCUCUCUCUUUCUGACUCCACAUCCCAAUAACUCUAUCUUCAUGUCAACAGCUCGCAGCUACCCUGUUCCUAGGUUCUGUGUGAAGGUUUUUUCCUCAAUGAAGUGCACUUUUUACUUCUGCAUCUUGUCAGCAGUUUCCUUGACAACUUCCCUCCUGAGUGUUCAUGAAAUUCUAUGAGGUCACAAUAACAUGUCCAGUGUUUACAGGGGGCUCACAGGCAACCGGCUGGCAGUAGUUUUUAGCCUAUUAUGUUUUGCAAGCCAGCCAAACCAUAUACUGUGUCUCGCUUGCCAACUAGUGUGUUGUAGCGCUGCCAAAAUACAUUCAAUCUAAACCAGGUAAGGGUUAAGAUAAUUUGUAAAUUCAGUUGAGCUGUUAUGCCUGUUUAGAAGUGAGUCUCUAUACUGUAUCAGUUUUCCAGCUGUAAUUUCCUUGAUGGUCUCAUGUACAGCUUGCAUGUCUUCAUAGGUGAAGGACAUAUGAUCUACUUUAUCAAAUAAAAGAACUGGAUGAAUUACAGAUGCUACAUCAUAGCCAUUCUCCAUAGAGAUGUUGUUUCCCAUCUAAUGAUGGGAAGAAUGUGAACACAAUGUGGUCCUAAUCACCCAGCUGUAUACAGCGAUCUCAGAUGAUGGUCCUAGGAUGCGCCUGGCUGGGUAGGCAGCAGAGAGUUAGGAAGAUGUUGCCCCAGUUUUAGUGGCAGCAGCAGGGGAAGGUAUAGUUGGAGUGGGGAAGCUGACCACCAUCUGGGGUGGAGACCUAUACAUUUGGUUCCUAUCCUGAUUCUCAAGUAGUCACUGUUCCAACACAUCAAUAUGAGGGAUGGAGAUUGAAGGCAUGGGGGCAGCAAUGAACUCCUUUGUCAUGGCUGGACCAUGUAAUGUCGUUAACUUUGGAACUGUAGCAGCACUUUGCCCCUGUAAAUCUGGUGGGUGUUCAGAUCACCUGUCUUUGGACACUUGAGGAACCUGGAGCAAUGCUGCAUGCUCUUGGGGGGUCUUCCAGAGGAGAUGCCAACGAUCCUGCUGGAACCCUGGCUUUGCUAUGGCAUGGCAAGAUGAAACGGGCAGUUGACACAAUCACUCCCAAGCAUCCUCUCUUGCCCCGUGGAGUCUGAGUGGCUCCUUGAUAUCCUGGGGAGCUUCUGACUAUAAAGCAAGCUGCACGAAGACUAGAGCCCCAAUGGCGCAAAACACACUCUGAAGCCAACUGAAUGCUGGCUAGUGCACAUAAUCAUGCUUACCAUGUGGCGAUGUGGGCUGCAAAGAAGGCUCAUUUUGCAGCUUGCCUGGCAUCCUCUAGUAACUAGUGGGGAAGCAACCUCUGAAGCAUGCAGAGACCCACUGUGACCAACUGGCAACACAUUUGGAGGGUAAAGUCUAACUGCAGAGUGACCUUGAUUCUGCAGUUCCAGAUGAAGUAUCCAAUGCCAAGGAUGUGUGGUGGGAUCAGUUUCAGCUUAUGCAGUCACCUGGUGUACACAAGGUGCUAGCAACCAUAUGCCCAGCCACUUGCCCUCUUGACACCUGCCCCUCUUGGCCUAUUAAAAAUAGCAGAGGUGACUUGACUACUUGGGGCCAGAAUGUGGGUACCACUUCAUUGCAUGAGAGGGGGGUGCAUUCUUUCAGGCCUCAAUUCUUGCCCAGGCAUCCUUUGCCACUUGCUUUCUUCAGCUGAGUAACAAAAAGUGGGGUUUUGCAUUGCCUGGGUGAAACACCUUUCCCAAACACACAUUUGCUAGGUGUAGUAGCAGCAUUUGUGGGGAGAGUCACUGAGGAUGAGAGUGGGAGAGUUGAGUCUUCCUUGCCUGCUGAUUUCUCCAGCAUUCCCUCCUGUCAGGUCUCCCCAAGCUGGAAGAAAAAGGGAACAAAUGGGUGAAGGCAGGGGAGGAGUUGUGAGUGGACAGCCUCCCCUUUGCCUUGCAACAUGGAGCUCUCAACAGAAUUUGAAUAUAUGUGUGAGCUGCGUGCAUCAAGAUGCGUCACAUUGUUGUCUUGAAUGCCUUGAAAGCUGCACGCAGUCGGAAUAUUGCAGAUGCCAGAUGGGGACUUUUUUAGGCAACAGCAAACACAUGUGCUCCAUGUGGACGAUGGCUUCUUGCCAAAUGGCUGGGUGGGGCGCUCCAAAGCGCUCCGCACGAGUUGUUUCCCAGCCCUCAUUUAUUGUUUUUAUAAGGGGAGCUUGCCAGUUCUGCAACUCUCUUAAUCUGCACCCCUUUGUUUAGCCUGACAUUCCUCAGUGCAGGUGUGCGAUAGCUAUUAUUUAAAAGUCUUUUUUUUCCCCAGCAACGAAAAAAUUCAGCCGGCCUGGCUUUUGAAUUAAAAAAUAUCCUAUAACACAGGUGAAGUCCUUUCACCUCCUAUAUGUUGGCCAUUUUAACCCCAAGGAAACCUGCCCUCUGGGCACACGGCAGGGCUUAAAGCAGGGAUGAAGUUUCCUGUAAAACGAGGCAGGGCUCACCAAGACUUAGCCCUGCUCUGUGUGCCAAGAAAAAGUAUUGCCAGGAGUCAGACCUAGAACUGAACAAUCUCCUAUGAUCCCAAGAUCAUCUGUGGGGCAAAAUACAGAACAAUCACACCUGUCACUGCAGACUUGCCUGGUAUUUUUGCUGAAAGAGAAACCGUCAACCACGCCAACAUUUGCCUUCAAUUGGUUGGCAACAGUGGCACACAGAUAAAAAUAAAAACCCAAUUUCUAGUCAUGGGAACUGGCUCUUAAGAACAGAGUCUAACUUCCUUUCUACUUGAUGGAUCCUGCUUGUCUGUGUUAUCAAGAAUUUCUUCAUAACAGCAAACAUAUACCUGAUCUGACGUUUCCUAAGAGAACUGGAGAAAAUGAAAGCGGGCCUUAGAAGCAAGACUUUAAUGGAGUCUUUGGGUAUUUACUGAAGAAUCAGCAACUCACGAUGCUUUCAGAAGACAACUGUUAUCUUCCAGCUGCUCUGUCUAGGAACGUUGCACUCUGGGGGAGCAGUUGUUAUAGCCAAAGGCACGGGUAGGGUGCCCUCCAAGUCUUUCCAUCCAACCCUCCAGACUCUCCCUGAGCCAUGCCUCCUCCCUCAAGCAGCAUUCCUCACCAGCCCUGCCCUGUGCUUUUGUCUGGACAGAAUGUCCUCUGGAACUGCAAUGGCUCCCACUCACCUGUGUGGAGGUGUGUGUUUGUGUGCACGCAUGCCCAUCCAGACACUUCUGACUUUUGCAUGGUUGAAAUGUAGCCAGCUGCACAAAGGAAAGAUUCACAUCUGUUUCUCCAUCAGUUUGCCUAGAGCACCGCCCAGCAAUGGUGUGUGACCCCUAGAAUGCUGCUCAUGGUGGAAUGUGGUAUUUGGGGAGAAAAAGGUUUCCUAGAGUGAUAUCACUGUAUGUGGGUGCUUCAAACAUGGUGGACUGAACCAAAGUCCAACCAUUUUAUAGUGGCAAAGUUUCUGCGGAUGAGAAAACUGGGAAUAAUCCCACUGGUUUAAAUGAUGUUUGUUGCUGUUGUUUUCCAGGUCACCUGCAUUGUAGAGACCAGAGACAAAAUCCACACUGCCCAGUUAAGGAACGCCCUGCUAGACUGCUACCCAAUGAUGACAUGGAUGGAGCGGUGAUGAGCCAGCCAAUUUGAUCAUCUUCUUUGUUUCAGUUUCAGGAAAGUUGAAGAUGUUAUUGUUGCUUAUUUCUAUAGAGCCACCACACUGUAUAUGGUGCUUUACAAAGAACCGGGAUCGACAGGUUCCUACUAUCCCAAGGGGUUUACAGUCUAAAACGGCACUGCAAUCAAAAAUACGAUUGCGAAAGCACUGGUAUGUUUAAAUCCUGCAAAAUGAAAAAGUUAGGAAAUAGCAGUAGGGUUUCUCUUCUGUGUAUUCUCUCAAAUCAGAAUGAAACACCUAUCCUGUAUCAUGAAGAUGAAUAACUUAUAUCUUUAACUUCAGUGCUUCAUAGCAGCUGCAGCGUUCCAACUGUAAUCUUUGUAUUAGCUAUGUAUUCCCCACCCCCACCCCCCAUAUGACACCACCCCCAAAUUGCCUUCAGGAUGAUAUAACUGAGAAACUGUUGAGGUCCCUAGUGUUGUAUAGACUCCUGUAAAAUACAAGAAGUAAAUUCCAGAAAGGGACUUCUCCAACCUCUUCUUCUGUGUAGGCAAUUCCAGCUCCUUAUGAUGAUACUUCCUUCCUCAUUGCUUUGCUUAUUCCACAUCUUCCAAGCCAGAAAACAAUACUUCAGCCUUGCAAUAAGUCCCGGGGGGGGGGGAUUACAAGUCCACAGAAAUGUUUACAAGCCUGCCUACUCUAUGCUAGUUAUUUGUACCACCCUGACAAUCCGAAAGAGGGGAGGUGAAAGAGUCCGGGAUAUCUCAGUUUACAAAAUCUUCUCUGGUUCAUUACCUGGAGGCAACACUUGCUCACCUUAGGCCAAGGGUCAGCAAGGUUUACCUUGCCUGGGCCAGUUCACUCCAGCGAAGAUCCCUCUGUGGGCCGGAUCGCGUGUGCACGCCAUUUCUGGCGUCUGCAUCUGCGCAGAUGCGAUUUCCAGGGCCGCAAAAGUGAGUCCCCACCGCUGCGCUGGUUCAGCACAGCACGCGGGGACUUGCCAAGCGGGUGUCUCGGUUUGGGGGCGGCUCAUGGGCCCGUUAAACGACCCCAAUGGACCACUUGUGGCCCAUGGGCCUUACGUUGCCGAUCCCUGCUUUAGGCGAUUAGGCAUGUGGGUGUUUACAAGCCUGAAUUACCUGAAAGUUGGGUUUUGUUUUGUUGGCUCCCCACCCCCACCAGCCUGUAGGUCUCUACUUUGCACAUAUUAAAAUGUUAGUGAAAACUGCUUAAGGAUGUUGUAGUACUACAUGUUAUCAUGCUAAUUUAAAAAAAAAAUAAAGAAGAGAAUCAAAACCUUUCUAAUUAUCACAAUUUAAGCAAAGUGUUUUUUCCUGAUUGAACACUUCCAAUCCAUUUUUGGCAUUUCAUGAAUUUAGUAAUGGGAACCAUGCUUCAGCGAAUAAGUGUGUUGCGCUAAAUAAACUUUUUUUAUU